CGCGCCACCAUCCGACUUGCCACUAUCCGCUAACUAUUCGCAAUCGACCGACGUCUUGGUUGUUGGACUUGGGUUAUAAUGACUUGACUUCUGCUAAAUGAACCCGUGGACUAGUAUAAGUUUUUCGCAGUGGCGUAUUUAUUUAUUUUUAAGCGAGCGCCGUAGUAACGACUAUAAUACGAUAAGGACUAGUAGCGUCGAGUGAGAGUUUUUUCUGUGCGUUGUGCUCCGGUGGCGCGGACGGCAUCAUGGAGAAGCAGUCUAGAUGGUCGGAGCAGCGCUCUGAGCAGCGCGAGCAGGUGGUGCAGCAGCAGGAGCGCGUGCAGCGCACCGAGCAUCACUUCACCCGCCAGAUGCUCAUGCAGCACCAAGUGGAGAGUACUGGCGAAAGCCUACCCAUCGCUGGAGGAAGACCUGGCGACCCGUCUCCACCAAUCUUUGAACAAAUCUUCAAGAAUGCGAGAUUCGCACAGGGUGGCAAUGCCAAAUUUGAAGGAAAACUCAGGGGAAAUCCUACUCCUGUCGUAUCAUGGACUAGAAAGAAAGCUCCUCUUGUUGAGUGUAAUAAGUAUAGUAUGAGCUAUAAUGAGCAGACUGGAGAUGUAUCCUUACUUAUCAAACAAAUAGGACCAGGUGACGAGGGAGAGUACACGUGCACGGCCCGCAAUCAAUACGGUGAGGCCAUCUGUUCAGUGUAUAUACAACCCGAAGGUGUCCCCAUGCCGGCACACCAAGCUAGCCAGCAGCAGAGUUACCGACACGUGAGCGAAACCGUCGAACAUAAAUCGUACGGUACGCAAGGAUAUUCCUCGGAACAGUCCCGAAAAAUGCAAAAAGUAGCUUAUACCAACGGCACUGACUAUUCGUCCACAGAAGAUUUUAAAGUGGAUACGUUUGAAUAUAGACUUUUAAGAGAAGUAUCUUUUAGGGAGUCUAUCACUAAAAGAUAUGUUGGAGAGAGCGACAUUCACAUCAGCACUGAAAUAGACAAAUCACUAGGACCAGUAUCACCUCCUAAAAUAGCACAAAAACCGAGAAAUUCGAAACUUCAGGAGGGCACUGAUGCACAAUUUCAAGUGCAGCUUUCCGGUAAUCCUAGACCAAGAGUAACUUGGUUUAAGAAUGGUCAGAGAUUAGUGAAUUCCAGUAAACAUGAAAUAGUAACAACAAACAACCAAACAACGCUGAGAGUAAGAAAUACACAGAGAUCAGAUUCUGGCCAUUACACUCUAUUGGCCGAAAACCCCAACGGAUGUAUUGUUACUUCUGCAUACCUUGCUGUAGAAUCUCCUCAAGAAAGUUAUGUUCAUGACCAAAAAUCACAGUACACUAUUGACACUCAACAAGUAGGAAUAGAAGAAAGAGUUGAAAUUAACGAAAAAGCUCUCGCUCCGCAAUUUGUAAGAGUCUGCCAAGACCGCGAUGUAACGGAGGGCAAAAUGACGCGAUUCGAUUGCCGCGUCACCGGCAGGCCUUACCCAGAGGUCACGUGGUUCAUUAACGACAGACAAAUUCGAGACGAUUAUAAUCAUAAGAUAUUAGUAAACGAAUCAGGUAAUCAUGCACUUAUGAUUACAAACGUCGAUCUUAAUGAUAGUGGUGUGGUCACAUGUGUCGCACGCAACAAGAGUGGCGAGACAUCGUUCCAGUGUCGAUUGAAUGUUAUUGAAAAAGAACAAGUAGUAGCACCUAAAUUUGUAGAACGAUUCAGCACUCUGAAUGUUAGAGAAGGCGAGCCUGUUAUACUUAAUGCCCGCGCAGUCGGCACACCCACGCCACGUAUCACAUGGCAGAAGGACGGCGUUCCAAUUAUACCCAAUCCAGAGUUACGAAUUAAUACCGACGGUGGAGCCUCGACGCUGGACAUCCCGCGAGCCAAGGCGUCGGAUGCGGCAUGGUAUCAGUGCACUGCCCAGAACGUCGCAGGCUCCACAGCAACUCGGGCUAGGCUUUAUGUGGAAGUACCCAAAGAGCCUGCGCCUGAACAAAAGCGCCUUCAUUUACCACGGCCUACGAAAAUAAUCGAACCAGAGCCUGCGCCAGGGCCAGAAAUCAUAUACCUAAGGCAUGUAGAAAGAGCAAGACCAUAUGUUCCUCCUGGUGAAGAAGACCGAGUUUAUCCUCCGCCUCAAUUUAUAGUGCCAUUAAAAAGUGUCACGCAGAUGGAAGGUGGAAAAAUUCAUUUCGAGACAAGGAUUGAUCCGGUCGGUGAUCCAUCAAUGAAGAUAGAAUGGUUGAAAAAUGGACAGAGUAUUGAAGCAAGUUCGCGGUUUACAUCCAUUUUCCGAUUUGGCUACAUUUCUCUUGACAUGCUCAGUCUUAAUAUACAAGACAGUGGUGAAUACACAUGUAGAGCUGUCAGUGCAACUGGUGUAGCUGAAACUAAAGCAACACUGCACGUGACACCCAGAGCUACAAUUGACAGAACUAGUCAACACCCAGAGACUCUACAAUAUCUCCAACAUACAGAAGAUUACUCCAAAUAUCAGCACCAAGAAUCAAUUGAAGAACAAGUUUCACAAAGGCCACAGUUUAUAAGGCCACUGCAAGAUCUAGGUGAACUACAAGAGGGCCGAAAUGCUCACUUUGAAGCUCAAUUGAUUCCAGUCAGUGACUCAACUAUGCGAGUGGAGUGGUACAAGGACGGCAGACCCAUUACAGCUAGCUCGCGAAUCACAGCAAUCUUCAACUUCGGCUACGUCUCCCUUAACAUCAUGCACCUACGGGCUGAAGAUGCAGGUUCGUAUACUGUGAGAGCUGUAAAUAAAUUAGGAGAAGCUGUUAGUACCGCUUCAAUUCGUGUAGCAGCUAGGAGUACUGUAACAGGAGAUCUAGGUAUACCAGAACAACGUAGAUAUAUUGAAAAGACUGAGCAGUUAGAAGCGUACCAGCAACAACAACACCAAAAGUACUAUCAAGAAGUACCAGAAAGCACCCAGGGACCUGAAUUCAAAACUCCUAUUAAGGACCAAAUAAAUAUUAAAGAAGGAGGAUUCGCUCAUUUCGAAGCGCGGCUGGAGCCUAUAGGAGAUUCAACAUUACGAGUAGAAUGGCUCAAAGAUGGCCGCCCUGUCGAAGCAAGUUCGAGGAUAACUACGUUCUUUAAUUUUGGCUAUGUCGCACUUACUAUUAAAUCAGUGACAGUUCACGAUGCCGGUCAUUACACCUGUCGCGCAUACAAUGCACUUGGUCAAGCAAGUACCAGCGCAAAUCUUACAAUUGUGACGAAGAAAGAUAUAAUUGCGGAAUCACAACAUCCUGGAGGAUUGGAAAAAAUCCAGUAUUUAGAAGACUCCAGCAGGUAUUCUCGCCGCAUGGACGAAGAAGUAAAAGUUACACAAAAGCCCAGGUUUUUGGGACCACUUAAGGGCACAAAUAAAAUUGUUGAGGGACAAGGGGCGCAUUUUGAAGCCAGGGUAGAGCCCCAAAGUGAUUUAACUAUGACUGUUGAAUGGUAUUUCAACGGUAAACAAAUAACAAGUGCAAACCGCAUACAAACAUAUCACGAUUUUGGCUACGUAGCACUUGACAUUGCUAAUGUUCGGGAAGAAGACUCGGGAGUAUACACAGUGGUUGCACGCAACGCUGCAGGAGAAGCUCAACUGAGUGCUUCUAUGAGUGUUGAAACGCGUUCGAGUAUUGAUACUUCAAGCAUACAUCGAGGACUUUAUGAAAAAACUCGACAAAUUGAAGAAUCUAAGUUUGUUGAGCCAUCAUAUCAUAUAGAAGAAAUUUCCAAAUCCAAACCAGUUUUUGUACAGCCCCUUUCAGAUCCACCACCAGUGACUGAAGGCAAAAAUAUUCACCUUGAAUGUAGACUAGAACCCAUGGGUGAUCCAACUAUGCGUGUGGAAUGGUUCCAUAAUGGCAGAGCUGUUACGGUUGGAUCUCGCUUCAGGACUUACUAUGACUUCGGUUUUGUGGCAUUAGAUAUUAUACAUGCCACAUCCAUUGACUCAGGAGAAUACACAGUACGUGCUGUCAACCACUUGGGCUCUGCACACACGUCAGCUAUGGUACGCGUUAUCGAAAGAUCAGACAUCGUUACCGACACACAGAAUGAACAGGCCAUUGAACAGAUUCAAAUACUAGAAGACGCAGCCCGAAGAAGUCGACAAGUUCAAGAAGAUAUUACUGUGAUGCAAGCACCACAAUUUUCAAGACCAUUACACAACAUCGAAACCGUAGAAGGCACUAAUGUCCAUUUGGAAUGCAGAUUGCAACCCGUGGGCGAUCCUACCAUGAAGGUGGAAUGGUUCUGCAAUGGAAAACCCAUAAAAACCGGGCAUAGAUUUAGACCAGCUUAUGAAUUUGAUUACGUAGCACUAGAUCUAUUGAGCGUAUAUCCAGAAGAUUCUGGAGUUUACACAUGUCAAGCUACUAAUCAACUUGGAGAAGCAGUUACCUCGUGCGCUCUCCGCGUGAUUGCUAAAAAGGAUUUAAUAUUUGAAUCUCAACACCCAUCUGGUCUUGAGAAAAUACAAUAUUUAGAAGAUGCUUCACGUUACAAGAAGUCUGAAGUUAUUGAUGAAGCAAUCAAUAUUAAACCGCGUUUUGUUACUAAGCCAAAGUCUAUAGAAAACGUUAUUGAAGGCCAGCAUGUGCAUUUUGAAUGCAAACUAGAACCUGUGACCGAUUCCAAUCUUAAAGUAGAAUGGUUCAAAAAUGGUCACCCAGUAACAAUUGGUCAUCGUUUCCGACCCAUUCAUGACUUUGGAUAUGUAGCCCUGGAUAUCAUAGACUUAAUUGCCGAAGACUCCGGGGUCUACACUUGCAGAGCUACGAACCUUGUGGGCGCCGACGAGGUGAGUUGCAGGCUAACUUGCCGCGGAACAGCAGAUAUUAUUAGAGCCACGCAAAAUGAAGCUGGAUUAGAACAAAUCCAAGUAUUAGAAGACAGGUCAAAGUACCAUAGAACUGACUUUGUUGAUGAAGUAACUACACAAGCACCCAUAUUUACAACGUCUCUUAAAAAUGUUGAAAUUAAAGAGGGACAACGUGCACAUUUCGAGUGUAGGCUUAUACCUGUUUCCGAUCCAACGAUGAAAGUUGAAUGGUAUCACAAUAAAACACCGCUGAAGAGCGGUUCAAGAUUCACAGAAACUAACAACUUUGGUUUUGUAGCUUUAGACAUAAUGUCUUGUCUACCUGAAGAUUCUGGUACUUACACUUGCAGAGCUAUUAAUGCUCUCGGUGAGGCAGUCACUUCCGGAAUUGCUGUAGUGCAUUCCAAAAAAUCUAUAUAUUUGGAAUCCCAUCAUGAAGGAGCUUUGCCAAGACUUAAUCAAUUGGAAGAUACAUCAAGGUACCAGAAACAUGGUGUACAAGAUGAGGUAGUCACUCAAGCACCAGUUUUCACAAUGCCAAUGAAGGACAUUCGAGUAGCUGAAAACCAAGCAGCACACUUUGAAGCUAGACUUAUUCCUGUGGGUGAUCCAAAAUUGAGAGUUGAAUGGCUACGUAACGGUGUACCCAUUGAAGCAUCAAAUCGUUUGACGACAAUGCACGACUUUGGUUAUGUCGCUCUGAACAUGAAAUACGUUAAUCCUGAAGAUUCCGGCACAUACACAUGCCGCGCCAUAAAUGAAUUAGGAGAAGCAGUUACAUCAUCAACACUGUUUGUGCAAUCUAAAGCUUCGCUUCAACUUGAAUCUCAACACGAGACAGCUUUAGAGAAAAUACAGCUAUUGGAAGACAGUUCCCGUUACCGACGUAAAGAAGAUGUUGAGGUAGCUGUCAAUCAACCACCCCGAUUCAUAACUCAACUAAAUGGCCCUUCGAAACUCGUAGAAGGCCAGAGCGCGCAUUAUGAAUGCCGAAUUGAACCAUACCCAGAUCCAAAUAUGCGUGUUGAGUGGUACUUCAAUAGCAAGGUGUUGCAAAGUGGUCAUCGCUAUCGUACCGCAUACGAUUUUGGAUUUGCGGCUCUUGAUAUACUUACAGUUUAUGGAGAAGACUCCGGCGAAUACACUUGUAAGGUUAUAAAUAACUUGGGACAAGCUACAUCUUCCAUCAAAUUGAAUGUGCAAUCCAAAGAAUCCAUUAUACGAGAUACGCAGCAUGAAAGUGCUCUUGAGAAAAUACAAUAUCUUGAAGAUGACAGCAAGUACAAGCGUGUAAUUCGUGAUGAAAGCUUUGUGGCAGAGAAACCUCAAUUCGGUAAACCUAUCAAGAAUGUCCAAGUCGGUGAAGGGCAACCUGUCCAUUUGGAAGCUACUUUAACACCAGUUAACGACCCCACGAUGAGGGUUGAAUGGUACUGUAAUGGCAGACCGAUACAGCAAGGACACCGUUUCAAAACUACAUACGACUUCGGAUAUGUGGCAUUAGAUAUCUUAUACGCGUAUGCUGAAGACACCGGUACUUACAUGUGCAAGGCCACAAAUGCUGUAGGUGAAGCCGUUACUACAAGCUCUGUGAAUGUAGAUGCCAAAUCUGGACUUUACCUUGACACAUUAGAUGAGCAGAGAUUGAAGAAGAUUCAAGAGCUUGAGAAAUACGAAAGACCUAAACCGGCUGAAGUGGAACAACCAGGACAACGACCAGUAUUUUUGACUGCCCUCACAAGCCUCGAACACUUGAAAGAGGGAGAUCGUGCCCACUUUGAGUGUAGAGUUGAACCCAUAAAUGAUCCUGAUCUAACUAUUGAAUGGUUCCUUAACGGACAAAAAAUAAGAGCGGGUCACAGGUACAGGACGACACAUGACUUUGGUUAUGUUGCAUUGGACAUAUUAUACACUUAUGCUGAAGAUUCUGGAACAUACAUGUGUAAAGCAACUAAUAAACUUGGCGAAGCAGUUAAUACAUGCACGUUGAAGGUUGCAGGGCAUAGAAGUAUUAUUUUGGAUACUCAACAUCCAAAUGGGCUUGAGAAGAUUAGGCAAUUGGAAGCACAAGGUCACCAUACAAGAAUAGAAGUGGAAGAACCAAAGAUUAGCCCACCUAGGUUUGUUACGGAACUAACCGGAACUACCCACGUAUUUGAAGGUCAAACAGCCCACUUCGAAUGCCAAGUUGAACCUGUGCAUGAUCCCAACUUGCGUAUUGAAUUUUACCACAAUGGCAAAGCCCUGCAAUCUGCGUCACGAUUCCAUAUCACUUUUGAUUUUGGUUACGUGUCAUUACAUAUUCAACAUUGCAUUCCUGAAGAUGCAGGUGAAUACUCAGUUAAAGCUAUAAAUGCUCUCGGCCAAUGUACGUCAUCCAUAUCAAUGACAGUAACCGCAAAAGGUAGUAUUAUAUCGGAAUCACAACGUCCGGAAGGCUUAGAAAAGAUACGUGAAUUAGAACCUUCUGAACCCUUCAAGCGCCCAGAAAUACCUGAACCAGUAACACGUCAGAGACCUGUAUUUACACAGCCACUACAAAACAUUGAUAACAUUCAAGAAGGACAAACUGCGCAUUUCGACUGCAGACUUAUUCCAGUAGGCGAUCCAACUUUGAAGAUCGAAUGGUUCAGAAACGAAAAAUUGAUCGAAGACAGUUCCAGAAUAACAAAGACUCAUGACUUCGGAUAUGUGUCUAUGACAAUUACGCAUGUACGUGAUGAAGAUCAAGGAGUCUACAUGUGCAGAGCAUCCAACUUACUAGGAGAGGCAGUCACAACAGCUGCUAUGAAAAUAAAAACCAAGGCAGCUAUUCAAAUGGAGACACAACAUCCUGAGGGCAUGAAAAAGAUUCAACAACUUGAGGAACCACAACGCAAGAAACCUGAAGAACCUGAACGUGAAUUUGAAAAACCAAUCUUCACUCAAGUUCUUACAGGACCUACUGAGUUAUGGGAAGGUCAACAUGCUCAUUACGAGGCCCGUGUUGUACCUGUCGGUGACCCGAGUCUCCGAUUUGAGUGGUACAUAAAUGGCGUGGAAUUAAAAAUGGGUUCAAGAUUCCGCACCACUCACGAUUUUGGUUUUGUCACAUUGGACAUCAAUUCAGUAGUUGCGGAAGACGCUGGAUUGUAUAUGUGUAAAGCCAUUAAUAGAGCUGGCAGCACAGUAUCCUCGACAUCGCUUAAAGUUAAGACAAAAUCUACUAUUGUUGAUCAAGCUAUGAGACCUGAGUCUUGGGAACAAAUCCAGCUUAAAGAAGCUGCUAUGAACAAGGUGCCAGAGAUGUUUGUAGACGCUGGUGUACAACAGGCGCCAAUAUUUACUACGCAUCUCAAGAGCUUAGAUAAGUUCGUUGAAGGGCAACAUGUUUAUUUAGAAGCCCAAGUAGAGCCGCGAACCGAUCCUAACCUGAGAAUUGAAUGGUUCAAGAAUGGCGUGUCUUUAACUACUGGAGCAAGACUGAAGAGUACUUUUGAUUUCGGGUUAGUGACGCUGUCUAUCAAUGGAUUGAGAAUUGAUGAUUCGGGUAUUUACACCUGUAAAGCUACCAACCUUAUUGGAGAAGCUGUUUCUACAACAUCUAUCAAAGUUGAAGAUCGUCAUUGGUUACUCGGUGACUCACUUCAUCCGGAAUCUUUAGACAGAAUUGGUGCAUUAGAACAACCUAAACCAGGUAAACCUGAAGCACCUGAACCUGUUUAUGAAAUUCCUGUAUUUAUUUCGCAUUUGAAUAACAUAAUAUGUAAGGAAGGUGACAAUAUACACUUCGAAUGUAACGUCGAACCGUCGAGGGAUCCCACGCUUAAAAUUGAAUGGUUCUUUAACAACAAACCUUUGCCAUCGGGAUCGAGAUAUAAGAGUACCCAUGACUUCAGCUAUGUGUCAUUAGAUAUUACUCACACGUAUGAAGAAGAUUCUGGUAUCUACACCUGCAAAGCGACUAACAGCAAAGGAUCUGCUACUACUUCGGGAUCUCUUCGAUGCACUGGAGACCGUAACAUCUACCUUGAUACACAACAUCCACAAGGAAAGGCCGGUCUGGAAGCAGUCGAGCAAGCAGAAGAAGCUAGGCUUUCUAAAUCUAGACGAGCUUCUGUUCCUGAUGUCGAAUAUCCUAAACCUGAAUGGAUUGUUCCAGUGGCCCCUGAACAUCAACUAAUUGAAGGCCAAGCUCUUCACCUUGAAGGACAAGUAGAGCCUAAGAAUGACCCUGAUUUGAAAAUUGAAUGGUACUUUAACGGUAAAGUAUUGGAACAAGGUUCAAGAUUCAAGCUUACAAGUGAUUUCGGCUUUGUGACUUUAGAUCUCAUUGAUGUGUAUGAAAGAGAUAGUGGAAUUUACACAUGUAAAGCAUACAACAAGAGAGGAGAAGCGUUCACAUCGUCGACUGUAUAUUGUACUAGCAAAGAGAAUCUAAUUGAAAGAACACAACAUCCUAAAGGAACCGAGGGCUUGGAAAAGAUACAGAAUCUGGAAGAUUCCUUGCGUAAGGAGCCUGGACAAAAGCCUGAUGAUGAUACCGGUAGGCCCCCAGAAUUCACUUCCGUGUUUAAGGAUAUUGUCGAUAUCAGUGAAGGCCAGAUCGCUCAUUACGAAGCAUCACUUAUCCCUACUGGAGAUCAAAGUAUGGUCAUCGAAUGGUUUUACAAUGGCAAAACGAUUGAAGCAAGUCACCGUAUUCGAACAGUAUAUGCUUUCGGUAUGGUUGUUUUAGAAAUUCUUGGAACAAAAACUACCGAUUCUGGCGUAUACGCUUGCCGUGCUACUAAUAGGUGGGGUCAAGCUGAAAUUAGUGUCAAACUAGAAUGUGUGGAUAAGAGUAAAGGUCAAAAACCAAGAUUUACUACACAUAUUCAAAACAUUGAUGGUCUUAAAGAUGGCCAAUCUGCGCAUUUCGAAUGUACAGUAGUGCCUGUUGAUGAUCCAGACAUGAAAAUUGAAUGGUAUCAUAACGGCCAACCUUUACGUCAUUCGACAAGAAUAAAAACUGUGUCUGAUUUUGGCUUCGUAGUUUUAGAUAUAGCGUAUACUCAGAAUCAUGAUACUGGUGAAUACGUUUGUCGUGCUUAUAAUAAAUACGGAGAAGACUUUACAAAAGCUACUAUCAACUGCUACGGCAGGGGUGGUGUAUACUUAGACAGUCUGCAACCUGACUCACUUGCUAAGAUUAGAGAAUUAGAAAGCCUUCAAGGAGCACAACAACAAGCACCUGUAACACCAUCCGCAGUGCCACCAAAAUUCAUUACGCAAAUACAAGAUGUUACUAAACUUGUGGAAGGCCAAAGCGCCCACUUUGAAGCGAGAUUGGUACCCGUUGAUGAUCCUGACCUUAAAGUGGAAUGGUUCUACAACGGCAAAAAACUACCUCAUGGUCAUAGGUAUAGAACUUUCCACGAUUUUGGUAUCGUUAUAUUAGAUAUCUUGUAUUGCUAUGAAGAGAAUUCUGGUGAAUAUGAGUGUAUAGCAACGAAUAAAUUAGGACGUGACUCCACGAAAGCAACUCUCAAAUGCACAUCGAAAGAGAAUUUAAUCUUGGACUCGCAGCUACCGCGGGGCAUGGAAGGUGGGUUGGAGAAAUUACAAACGUUGGAGGAUUCCAUGAUACGGCGAAAAGACGAUCAAAUAGAAGAGGAGAAGGGCAAAGCACCGGUCUUUACAGUACCUUUAUCGAACAUAGAAAAUCUUAGAGAAGGAGAAAAUGCCCACUUUGAGGCUCGUUUAACUCCCACUGAUGAUCCUAACCUUAAAGUUGAAUGGUACUGGAAUGGUAAAGCCCUUAAAGCUGGUUCAAGAUUUAGAACAUUCUGCGAUUUCGGAUUUGUUAUUCUUGAAAUUUCACCCACCUAUCCUGAAGAUUCCGGUGAAUAUUUAUGUCGCGCUUAUAACAACUACGGAGAAGCUGUUACUACAGCGACUAUGAAAGUACAAGGAAAGCGUAAUAUUAUUUUGGAAUCGCAAUUGCCUAAAGGUAUGGAAGGAACCAUUGAUAAAAUUGCUGCUCUUGAAGGAUACACCGGAACUGUAGAUUCUAUGACUCCUGAGGCAGAGAGUGGAAACCCGCCAGAAUUUAUUACCACACCAUCAGAUCUUAUUCUCACUGAAAAUUCUUCAGCUCACUUCGAAUGUCGCUUAGUCCCGGUCAACGACUCAAGUAUGAGAGUGGAAUGGUUCCACAAUGGCAAGCCGUUACUUACUGGAUCCAGGGUUAAAACUAUUAAUGACUUUGGAUUUGUUAUAUUAGAAAUAGGAGGAGUUUAUCAGCGCGACGCAGGACUUUAUACCUGUAAAGCCACAAACCGACAUGGCGAAGCUACUGUGUCAUGUAAACUUCAAGUUAAAGGCAGACAAGGUAUCAUACUUGAGCCUCAAUUGCCAUCACACUUUAAGUCGGGAACUGAAAGCAUUCAGAAACUAGAAGAAACGUUGCAUAAACGAGAAGAAAUUACAAUUGAAGAUGAAAAACCAAAUCCUCCAAGAUUUACUGUUGAAAUUAAAGAUAAUAUUGAUGUACCUGAAGGUGGUCCAAUCCACUUUGAUUGUCGUGUCGAGCCUGUGGGUGAUCCUACCAUGAGAAUCGAUUGGUUCCACAACGGUAGACCGUUCGCAACCGGAUCACGUGUACACAUGUUGAACGAUUUUGGUUUCAUUGCCUUAGAUAUUGAUUAUAUCUACACACGUGAUGCCGGAGAAUACACGUGUCGUGCUACCAAUAAAUGGGGAUCGGCUACAACAACUGCCAAGAUUACCUGCAGUGCCAAACGUGAUAUUGUUUUAGAUUCACAGUUACCACAAGGAAUGAGCGGUGAAAAAAUUAAAGAACUCGAAAGGGGCCGUGUUAGUGACGUUCCCAAAGAAGAACCAGUAGUCAGCACUCCACCUAAAUUUAUCACUCAGAUUCAAUCCCAUACGGUUGAAGAAUCUGAAGGCGUGCGUUUUGAAUGUCGUGUAGAACCUAAAGAAGAUCCAAAACUCCGCAUUGAAUGGUACCGUAAUGGAAAACUUUUACCUACGGGGCAUCGUUACCGUACUGUUUACGAUAUGGGAUUUGUCUCACUAGACAUUUUAUAUGUAUAUGCCGAAGAUUCAGGUGAAUAUGUUUGUCGUGCUGUCAAUGACUUUGGCGAAGACUUCACAAAGGGCACAAUAUCUUGCAAGAAGUUGCCCGAUAUUAUACUUCAAAACCAAGUUCCUCGUGGCAUGAAAAAAUCUGAAGCACUUACACAGAUGGAGGCAACUAUUAAGAAGUACACUUCUGAAGUAUUCUUAACAGAAGAUGAUCUAUACGACGUUGACAAAAAGCAGCCUCCGCGUUUUGUUACCCAGAUUCAAAGCCAAACUAGUUUGGUGGAAAUGGAGUCGACUAAGUUUGAGUGCCAGUUAGCUCCUGUUGGUGAUCCAAACAUGAAAGUUGAAUGGUUCUUUAAUGGAAAGCCUUUGUUGCACAAAAACAGAUUUGAGCCUAUUUAUGACUUCGGCUAUGUGGCGAUGAAUUUCGGUUGGGUGUAUCCGGAAGAUAGUGGAGAAUAUGUAUGCCGCGCUACUAAUCUAUACGGCAUGGAUGAAACAAGGGCUAUUAUUAAAACAGCUGGUAAACCAGGCAUAGUUUACGAUUCACAGUUACCUAAACACAUGAAGAGUAUUGAAAAGAUUAGAGAAAUGGAAGCUGCUUGGCAAAUGGCACCGGAACCAGCACCCGAGGAAACUAAGGCCCGCUGUCCGCCAGUUUUUGUAAGUCGCCCAGACCCAGUGACUGUCGAAGAAGGCGAAUGGGCACGAUUCUGUUGUCGCGUUACAGGACAUCCAAAACCACGUGUCAUGUGGCUCAUCAAUGGAAACACCAUUGUGAACGGUUCAAGGUAUAAAUUGACUUAUGAUGGAAUGUACCACUUUGACAUACCUAAAACAAGACAGUACGAUACUGGCAAAAUUGAGGUUAUUGCUAGAAGCUCUGCAGGCGAGGCUAUGGCCGUCACCGAACUGAAAGUUAUUUCGAGACACGAUGACUAUAGAGGAGUAUUGAAGAAUGCGCCACGACCUUGGUAUGAUGAGACGACACAAUAUCAAAGAUCAGAAACCGAGUUGGAAAAGACCUUUGAGGAGAGACAAGCUUUGCAAAGACAGGGUGUAAUUGACCACCGUCCCGAAUUAAAACCGAAAGUAAUAAAGGAGCCCGAAACUGAAUGGCAGCAAACAGUUAAAAAGAAGAAAAGUGAAGAAUAUUAUAACAAACUACAAGAGUUGGAAAACGAACAAGUAAUCAAAGAAAGCAGGUUCAGAGAGUCAACUCACCAGUAUGCCAUUCCAGGAGAAAAGAUUGCCAGCACCUCUAUUGCUAAAGGCAUGGCACAAAGAUAUGAAGACAGCUUGGAACAAACUGAGGAAAUUGUUGAUCAAAAAGUCCAGAAAAGGGUUGUACAAAAACCUAGAAUUCCAGAUCCAUCUGAAUCUACAGUUCACGGUAAAGAAGUUCACGUAGCAAAACAAAAACAAAUACAAAAAGAAGUAGUCGGUGACACUGAAAUAACACGCAAAAUUACUUCAACUGAAACAACUGAAAUUGAGCACAAGGCGCAAACUCAAGAGAGAGUAGUGGAGGGUCCAGUUAAGCCCAGCAAGCCACCAGUCUUUACCAAAAAAAUGCAACCUUGUCGUGUAUUUGAACACGAGCAGGCUAGAUUUGAAGUGGAAUUUGAUGGAGAACCAUUGCCAAUUAUAAAAUGGUACAGGGAAAAUUUCCCUAUCAAAAAUUCACCUGACUUCCAAAUUCAUACCUUCAGCACUAAGUCAAUACUUAUUAUAAGACAAGUUUUCGUUGAAGAUUCUGCGGUAUUCGCCGCUGUUGCUGAAAAUAGAGGCGGUACUGCUAAGUGCAGUGCUAAUCUAGUUGUGGAAGAACGCAGACGCCAAGGAAGAGGCGGUGUGACUCCACCAAGUUUCACUCUGACUGCACAAAAUGUUAACGUAACUGCUGGUCAGCUUGUUCGCUUUGACACCAAAGUUACCGGUACCAAACCUCUCGAUGUAUAUUGGUUAAAGAACGGCAAAAAGGUUCAACCAGACAUCAGAAAUAAGAUACUGGAAGAGGAUGGUACUUAUACCCUACUUAUUCUUGAAGCAUAUCCACAAGAUUCUGGAAAAUACGAAUGCGUUGCAAUUAAUAGCGCCGGAGAGGCUAGGUGUGAUGCUGAAUGUUCUGUAAACGCACCUGCGACGAAGGAUAAGCCUAAACCUCAAACGAAAGCAAUGAAUGCACCACCGGAGAUAUUGGAACCUCUUAAAGAUAAAGUAGUAACUGAAGGACAAGCUAUAGAGUUCAGUUGCAAGAUUGUUGGAAAACCAGUCCCCACUGUUCAGUGGUACAAAGGUGACAAGUUAAUCAAACCAUCUAAAUAUUUCCAAAUGUCCAGGACAUCCGAUGAAUAUACUUUGCGCAUUUCGGAGGCUUUCCCCGAAGACGAGGGUGAUUAUAAAUGUGUUGCUUACAACUCAGCCGGCAGAGUAACAGUUGCUGCAAAACUGAAAGUAACUCAACCUGAUCAGGCAGAAAACUUACCUGUACUUACCCCGCUUCGGGAUAUUGUCGUUUAUGAAGGACAGCCCGCUCAAUUCAAGACUCACAUACAGAGCAAAGUGAAGCCUACGAUACAGUGGCUACGUGAAGGAGCUCUUAUACCAGAGACGCCCGAUUUUCAGAUGAUUCACGAAGGAAACAACGCGGUGCUGCUCAUUGGAAACACUUACGAGGAAGACACCGGCACGUUCACUUGCCGCGCCACUACCGCCGCCGGCCAGGCCGAGACCUCGGCAAAGCUAGUCGUCAAAAAAUCUCGAACUACUACUCGGAAGACAUUCCAAGACAGAACAGACGUAAAAAUUACAAGCACUAGUGAUACAGAUGACACUGUAAGCAAAUCUAUGUUUCAGUCUACGGAAGAAUCUAAUAUUCUGAAGCUUGAAAGUGUACAAGAUGUAGAUACACAAAAACUGACUAAGACAGUUCCUUGGCGUAAAAAGAUUCAAGAAGAUUCAUUAGAAUUACAAAAGACUAUUGAAACAAAACACUGGCGUAAGUCUCGAGCUGACAAACAAAGUCAUCUAGAAAAAUACACGCUUUCAGACGAUAGCACUAUCCUUGGGUUAGAUGAAACUACUGAUACAAAGGUAAAAGAUGAUUCACUGGUCACUAAAACAUGGCGGAAACCACGUACAUCAGAUACUAGAAAAUCAGUUGAUAAAAAUAUUAUAACACAAGAUGAAGUUGCAGUAGAAGAAAAUUUAGAAGUUAAACAUUGGCGAAAACCAAGAGAAAAGGAAGAACCCUCUCCCACUGGAAAAGAAGUUGAGGCUACAACAAAGCUUGAUGUAGAAGAAACAAUUCGUUGGAGAAAACGACGUUCAGAAGAAAAACAACAAAUUGCAUCUACACAAGAGAGACAAGAGCCUCUUCCCUGGACUCAAGAAAGUAUUAAGUUACGCCCGACUAAAGUGGAAAAAUCUGCUAUUAUUAAAGAAAAAGUAGAAGAUGUAACUUUAAAACAUAUAAGAAAAGAUUCUAUUCAGAAAACAGAAAAAGAGCACCUAAAAGAAGAAAGAACCCAAGAAGAAGUAUUUCUGAAGCCAAUUCCGGAGCCAAAGGUGCCAGAGGAAGAAAAGCCAGAGGAAGUUCAACUUAAACCAGUGAAAAAGGAGAAACCAGUUGAAGAAGCUGCACCCGAAGAACGUAAAUGGCCCGCUGAAAGGCGCCCUAAGGAGGAAGAACACAAGGAAGAAGUAAUACUGAAACCUAUUCCGAAGCAAAAGGUGCCAGAGGAAGAGAAACCAGAAGAGGUUCAACUUAAACCAGUGAAAAAGGAGAAGCCAGUUGAAAAAGCUGUACCCGAAGAACGUAAAUGGCCCACUGGCAGAAGGCGCCCUAAGGGGGAAGAACACAAGGAAGAAGUAAUACAGAAACCUAUUCCGAAGCAAAAGGUGAUGCCAGAGGAAAAACCAGAAGAGGUUCAACUCAAACCAGUGAAAAAGGAGAAGCCAGUUGAAGAAGCUGUACCCGACGAGCAUAAAUGGCCCACUGGCAAGAGGCGUCCUAAGGAAGAGGAACUCAAAGAAGAAGUCAUUCUGACGCCAGUUCCGAAGCAAAAGGUGCCGGAGGAAGAAAAACCAGAAGAGGUUCAACUCAAACCAGUGAAAAAGGAGAAGCCUGUGGAAGAAGCUGUACCCGAAGAACGUAAAUGGCCCACUGGCAGAAGGCGCCCUAAGGAAGAGGAAUCCAGAGAAGAAGUAAUACUGAAGCCAGUUCCGAAGCCAAAGGUGCCAGAGGAAGAAAAGUCAGAGGAAGUUCAACUUAAACCAGUGAAAAAGGAGAAACCGGUUGAAGAAGCUGCACCCGAAGAACGUAAAUGGCCCGCUGGUAAAAGGCGCCCUAAGGAGGAAAGAACCAAAGAAGAAAUCAUCCUGAAGCCAGUUCCGAAGCAAAAGGUGCCUGAGGAAGACAAACCAGAAGAGGUUCAACUCAAACCAGUGAAAAAGGAGAAGCCAGUUGAAGAAGCUGUACCCGAAGAGCAUAAAUGGCCCACUGGCAAGAGGCGUCCUAAGGAAGAGGAACUCAAAGAAGAAGUAAUACUGAAGCCAGUUCCGAAGCCAAAGAUGCCGGAAGAGGAGAAACCAGAAGAGGUUCAACUGAAACCAGUGAAAAAGGAGAAGCCAGUUGAAGAAGCUGUACCCGAAGAACAUAAAUGGCCCACUGGCAAGAGGCGUCCUAAGGAAGAGGAGCUCAAAGAAGAAGUAAUACUGAAGCCAGUUCCGAAGCAAAAGGUGCCGGAAGAGGAGAAAUCAGAAGAGGUUCAACUUAAACCAGUGAAAAAGGAGAAGCCAGUUGAAGAAGCUGUACCUGAAGAACGUAAAUGGCCUACAGAAAGAAGGCGCCCUAAGGAGGAAGAACCCAAGGAAGAAGUAAUACUGAAGCCUAUUCCGAAGCAAAAGGUGCCAGAGGAAAAGCCAGAGGAAGUUCAACUCAAACCAGUGAAAAAGGAGAAGCCAGUUGAAGAAGCUUUACCCGAAAAACGUAAAUGGCCCGCUGGUAAAAGGCGCCCUAUGGAGGAAGAACCCAAAGAAGAAGUCAUUCUGAAGCCAGUUCCGAAGCAAAAGGUGCCAGAGGAAGAGAAACCAGAAGAGGUUCAACUCAAACCAGUGAAAAAGGAGAAGCCAGUUGAAGAAGCUGUACCCGAAGAACAUAAAUGGCCUACUGGCAAGAGGCGCCCUAAGGAAGAGGAACCCAAAGAAGAAGUAAUUUUGAAGCCUGUUCCGAAGCAAAAGGUGCCUGAGGAAGAGAAACCAGAAGAGGUUCAACUUAAACCAGUGAAAAAGAGACACCCAGCUGAAGCUGUACCCGAGGAACGUAAAUGGCCCACUGGAAAGAGGCGCCCUAAGGAAGAGGAACCCAAAGAAGAAGUAAUACUGAAGCCUAUUCCGAAGCAAAAGGUGCCAGAGGAAGAGAAACCAGAAAAAGUUCAACUUAAACCAGUGAAAAGGGAGAAGCCAACUGAAGAAACUGUACCUAAAGAACGUAAAUGGCCCACAGGCAGAAGGCACCCUAAGGAGGAAGAACACAAGGAAGAAGUAAUACUGAAGCCUAUUCCGAAGCAAAAGGUGCCAGAGGAAGAACAGCCAGUGGAAGUUCAACUCAAACCAGUAAAAAGGGAUAAGCUAGUGGAAGAAGCUGUACCUGAAGAACGUAAAUGGCCCACUGGCAAGAGGCGCCCCAAGGAAGAGGAACCCAAAGAAGAAGUAAUACUGAAGCCAGUUCCGAAGCCAAAGGUGCCAGAGGAAGAAAAGUCAGAGGAAGUUCAACUUAAACCAGUGAAAAAGGAGAAACCUGUUGAAGAAGCUGCACCCGAAGAACGUAAAUGGCCCGCUGGUAAAAGGCGCCCUAAGGAGGAAGAACCCAAAGAAGAAACCAUCCUGAAGCCAGUUCCGAAGCAAAAGGUGCCUGAGGAAGAGAAACCAGAAGAGUUUCAACUUAAACCAGUGAAAAAGGAGAAGCCAGUUGAAGAAGCUGUACCUGAAGAACGUAAAUGGCCCGCUGGUAAAAGGCGUCCUAAGGAGGAAGAACCCAAAGAAGAAGUCAUUCUGAAGCCAGUUCCGAAGCAAAAGGUGCCAGAGGAAGAGAAACCAGAAGAGGUUCAACUCAAACCAGUGAAAAAGGAGAAGCCAGUUGAAGAAGCUGUACCCGAAGAGCAUAAAUGGCCCACUGGCAAGAGGCGUCCUAAGGAAGAGGAACUCAAAGAAGAAGUCAUUCUGAAGCCAGUUCCGAAGCAAAAGGUGCCGGAGGAAGAAAAACCAGAAGAGGUUCAACUCAAACCAGUGAAAAAGGAGAAGCCUGUGGAAGAAGCUGUACCUGAAGAACGUAAAUGGCCCACAGGAAGAAGGCGCCCUAAGGAGGAAGAACCCAAAGAAGAAGUCAUUCUGAAGCCAGUUCCGAAGCAAAAGGUGCCGGAGGAAGAAAAACCAGAAGAGGUUGAACUCAAACCAGUGAAAAAGGAGAAGCCAGUUGAAGAAGCUGUACCCGAGGAACGUAAAUGGCCCACUGGUAAGAGGCGCCCAAAGGAAGAGGAACCCAAAGAAGAAGUAAUACUGAAGCCUGUUCUGAAGCAAAAGGUGCCGGAGGAAGAGAAACCAGAAGAAGUCCAACUUAAACCAGUGAAAAAGGAGAAGCCAGCUGAAGAAGCUGUACCCGAGGAACGUAAAUGGCCCACUGGCAAGAGGCGCCCUAAGGAGGAGGAACCCAAAGAAGAAGUAAUACUGAAACCUAUUCCGAAGCAAAAGGUGCCAGAGGAAGAGAAACCAGAAGAGGUUCAACUCAAACCAGUGAAAAAGGAGAAGCCUGUGGAAGAAGCUGUACCUGAACAACGUAAAUGGCCCACAGGAAGAAGGCGCCUUAAGGAGGAAGAACCCAAAGAAGAAGUCGUUCUGAAGCCAGUUCCGAAGCAAAAGGUGCCGGAGGAAGAAAAACCAGAAGAGGUUCAACUCAAACCUGUGAAAAAGGAGAAGCCAGUUGAAGAAGCUGUACCCGAGGAACGUAAAUGGCCCACUGGUAAGAGACGCCCAAAGGAAGAGGAACCCAAAGAAGAAGUAAUACUGAAGCCUGUUUUGAAGCAAAAGGUGCCGGAGGAAGAGAAGCCAGAAGAAAUUCAACUCAAACCAGUGAAAAAGGAGAAACCAGUGGAAGAAGCUGUACCUGAAGAACGUAAAUGGCCCACAGGCAGAAGGCGCCCUAAGGAGGAGGAGCCCAAAGAACAAGUUAUUCUGAAGCCAAUUCCGAAGCAAAAGGUGCCGGAGGAAGAGAAGCCAGAAGAAAUUCAACUCAAACCAGUGAAAAAGGAGAAACCAGUGGAAGAAGCUGUACCUGAAGAACGUAAAUGGCCCACAGGCAGAAGGCGCCCUAAGGAGGAGGAGCCCAAAGAACAAGUUAUUCUGAAGCCAAUUCCAAAGCAAAAGGUGCCGGUGGAAGAGAAACCAGAAGAGGUUCAACUUAAACCAGUGAAAAAAGACAAACCCGAUGAAAUAUCUAAGGAAGACGAUUUGCCAGAGGAAGAAAAACCUAAAACAAUAGAAGAAGUACAGAAAAAGCUGAAAAAAAUAGUUGUUCUGGAGGAAUCUAUAGAAGAUAAUAAAGCCGAGGAAGUUUCAGUUGCUACCCAAGUUGAAGAAAAAACAAUUGAAGAGCAAGAAACAAUAAAAGUAAAGAAACAAAUAGUUAAAAAGAAAAUAGAAAAGAAGAAGGAAACAGAAGAAGUGGGCCCGUUCAUUAUUGAACCGUUAAAGGCGUUGAACGUGUUGGAACGAGAUUCUUUUGAACUUACUGUGACUUUUGUGUCAGAAGACGAUACUAAAGUAACAUGGUUCCGGAACAACAAACCGCUUGAAGAAAGUGAUGAUUGUGAAAUUAGUACUGCGAAUGGAAUAUCAACCGUUAAAAUAUACAACACAGAAAAAAAGAAAUUAGGAAAAUACGAAGUCGUUAUCGAAAAUAAAAACAUUAUUGCUAAAUCAGCCAGCUCUGUUAAACUGGUAAAAUCGAUAGAUGAAAAUCAGAUUCUACCUCCAAUAUUUAUUAAAUCACUUCACCCAUGCAAUGUUUGUUUAGGGGAUAUUGUACUACUAGAGACGGAAGUAUUAUCUAGCCCCAGUGCAUCUUUUCAAUGGUUUAUAGAUACGAAAGAAGUGACCUCAUAUGCCAAACAAAACAAAUUAAACAACAUAUAUGUGUCAAAUAAAGAUAACGUAUCAAACCUUUGUAUCGAAAAUAUUACUAACGAUUUAUUAGGAAUAAUUACAUGUCGAGCAGAAAAUUUCGCAGGUUCUGUUUCUACUUCGGCUUCUCUAAUUUUAAAAGAUAAAGAUCAGAAAUAUGGGGAUGUUCCAACACUUAUAAAUCCGUUAGAGUCCAUUAGCAUAAUGGAUGGGGAGCCAAUAUUGCUAACUUGCAAAAUUUUAGGCCAACCAUGGCCUAAAAUAGAAUGGUAUCACCAGGGGAAACCAAUUCAAAGAGCUAGAGAUAUCACCACAUCUCGAUAUACAUCCGGUUGUUGCGAAUUAUACAUUAAAGAAGCCUUUCCUGAAAUGUCAGGAAACUAUAAGUGUAUUGCAACCAAUGAAUUCGGAUGUUGCAACAGCGAGUGCACUGUAAAUGUAGAAGCAUACGAAUACGUACCCAGUAUGUCAGAAGAAGACAUUUUGAGCGAUGAGAAGACUAGCGACAUCGAAGAAUUUGCUCCGCGUAUAGUAAAGGCGUUGCCUACAGUUGUUACCACAACGGAGGGAGAACUUACUAGAUUCGAAGCAAAAGCUAUAGGAAUGCCUAAACCUGAAAUAAAAUGGAUUAAACAAGGUACUGUGAUUGUAACAAGUCAAGAAUAUCAAAUAGAAGAAUUGGAUGAUGGAACGUCGAUUCUUAUUAUACCUGAAGUAUAUCAAGACGAUACGGGUGAAAUAGUUUUUGAAGCGCACAAUCCUUUGGGUGUGACGUCUACAAUCGCAGCCCUAUCAGUAGAAAGUAUAGUUGGCACCAAAGAAUACAGAAAACCUGAAUGGGUUACACACAUGGAAGAAUUGCAAGCUGCUUUGAAAGCUUCCCAAGCGGUGCCUACUUUUGUUAAAGAAAUAACAGGAGAAAGAGUUCAAGAAGAAGAAUGCGUAACAUUUGAAGCUAUAUAUAGUGGAAACCCAACUCCAGAAAUUUUAUGGUACAAAGACGGUAAAGUUAUACGCACUGAUGAACGUUUCAUUGUCGAAAAUAAAGACAAACGAACAACUUGCACGAUACGAAAAGCCGUCAAGGAAUUAGAAGGUGUUUACAUGUGCAAAGCUGUGAGUGAAAUAGGUAUGGCUGUGACUAAAGCAAAGUUACAAGUUUUCGAGGAUGGAGAAAAAAUUAGAAAAUCUAAAAAAUCGAAAGAAAAAAUUAAGAAAGAACGUAUUUUUAAGCAAGAAGACGAAAUAGAAACAGUUGAAACUAAAGCAGACACAGUUUUAAUCAGAGAUACUACUGAUAGCCAGUUAAGUGAAAUAAAGCCCAUUGAAGACGUGGCUGAAGAAAAAGCGGAAGUCGUAAUUACCGAGGCAGACCAUGUAGAAACAGUAGAUGUUGCAUCAUACAAAAAAGUUGAUAAAAAAGAAAAGAUUACACCUAAAACACACAAAGUUAAGCCAAUAGUAACACCACAUGAUUACUUAGUGUCUUCGCAACAACAAAAAGAAGAAACCGUCCAGCCGUUUGAAGAUACUUAUAAAACACAGAAAGGCGUCAUCAAAUUAGUAGAAAGUGAUACACGCAUGGUGGCAGAAAUAAAUGAACUACUUGAAGUUAUUAAUGCUAAAGAAUUUGGUCCGGGCGAAUCUCCUUUGCGAGAAUUAGCUAAAAUUGGAUACAUGUUGCGAAAAGGAAUUACGACGGAUGAAAUAGAAAGUUUAUAUGAUUCUCAAUACUUCCCUGCACUUAGAGUACCACAGUCACAAUCGGCUUUAGUACGUUUGGUAGAAAGGCAAGGACAUGGUGCUUUAAUUACAGAAGUACUUACAGAAGAAACGGCACAAGAUGAAAACGUAAUUGCAUCCAAAGCUGGUUUUAGAGCCUUUUUGAAAAUGGUAGAAUUGAAACAUUCAUCUGUAGAAGAAGUAAUAGCUCAUUUUUAUCCCGAAGAUUUCAAACCUCGCUCCUGGGAACAAAAAGAAGCUCACGAGGUUAUCGAAGAAACAAAGGCUGAAGAAAUAGCAGAAACGCAUACGCCAAAAGUAAUAAAAGAUACAAAGACUCCUGAAAAAGUCGUACUGCGUGAUGCCAAAGAAAAAGAACAAAUCAAACGUAAAAAGUACACUAAACAGAAAAUAGGUUUAGAAGAAAUUCAAAUGGAAGAAGAUUUAGAAUUAGAGAAAGUCAAAAUUAUAAAAGCUUUACAACCAAAAGAAAAACAAGAAAUUAACGAAGAAGACCAAUUAGAUGAAUUUGAAAAAGACGCUGUACCUUACAUAACGACGAUUGCCGCUGAUAUACCUGAUAAUAAAAUAGAAGUAAUAGCCGCUAAUGAAGCGCCACAUUUACAACCUGAAAAGAUAAUAGAAAAUGUUACAGCGAACUUGAAAUUUAAUACGAAUAAUAGAAUAGCUAUUAUUAGUGAUAUUCAGCAAUUUGAAGAAAAAGAAACACCGUUAGAACUUAAAGAAACAUCAAAAAGUAUUAUUAAAUCAACUGUCUCUGAAAUAGAGCCGUUGGUAGUAACUGAAAUUGAAACAAGUGGAAUGUUAGAUGAGUAUCACGCAAAUAAAACUAAAUUAGAAAAUAAAGCUGAGAAAUCUUUUAUUACUUCAGAAAAUAUAGUAACUUUGGAAACUCAUGCUGAUAUGUCUGUUUCUAAAUUUGAUGUUGACAAUAAUGACAAACAAAUGGAAAAAGCUAAAACAACAUUAUUACUGAAGGAUGCUAUUAAUGUGUCGGAAUCUAUAUCCUCAAGUAAAGAAUCACCUCUAGAGGAUGUCAUAACGAAACAGUCAGUUGCAUCCGUGGGGUAUACCACUUUGUUAGGUGUCAGUGUCUCAGAAGUAAAUGAAGAAAUUAAAGAAAAGGAUGUAGAAUAUUUCAAUAAAGAAAAGGCAGCUACUUCUAAACUUAACUUUAAUUUACUGGAACCACUAGAGGUCGGAGAAGUAUUUGUAGAAGAUAAGUCAGGCAAGUAUUAUCCAGAACUGAUUGUACCCACUGAAACGGCUCGCAAGGAUAUACUUGUUUCGAAUCAAAUUGUUACUGAAAUUCAUGAUGUACAGGAACGUGAGGGCGUAUUAUCUGCUUUGAAAAUUCCACCUGCACAAGAAGCAUACGUUGACAUAACAUCUAAAGAUAGUAUAGUGGUACGCAUUGAGGAGUCACAUGAAAAGGAAGAAGAUUUGCCUUUACAACAAAAACCGACGCUAUUUUCGGUAGAAAAUGAUUUAACGUUACACACAAGUUUAAAUAAUAUAGUUACAACUUCGCACAUUAAAGAAACAGAAUUUAUCCCAGAGCCAGUUCCGACCAAAAAAGCCACUAUUGGUUUGAACGAACUUCAACAUAAAUUCAAUUUGGAAACAAAUAUUAAUGAUUCUGAGCAAUCGUUUGAAGGGCAACCAUCAAUAUCUAAAACUCAUGCAGAAAUAUCAAUAUCUGUACUAGAUAAAAAUGUUAUUGAAGAGGUCCAAGUUCAUGAAAGUGAAAAAGAUUUAGUAAUAAAAGAUGAUAAACAAACAGCAGCUGCACAAAUAGAUAUAAAGACAAUAGAAUCAAUUAUAAUGUCAGAAACGAUAGGUGAGACAUCUGUCGAUAAUAUGAAAACUUCCCAGCAUAUUCCCUCAGAAUUAGCUUCUGAAACUUUAGUAACUGAUAACGCUAAAAUUAUAUCAGCACCAUUUGUGCACGAAAGAGAAACUACUGAAGAAUACAGAUCGCGGAAACCGGAAGUUGUAAUUACAACUUUAAUACCCAACAUACCGGUAGCGGUCCUAGAAACCGAGUAUUCGGAGUCAGAUGAUAAACUUUCUGUGAAUAAAUUGCCUGAAUCUGCUCAUGCACACUUAGGGUCAACUCAUCAUCUUAAAUCACCUAUAUCUCAAGAAGUUAAUACAGCUGAUCAAAUUGACUUUGUUAAUAUGCCAGUAAAAAUGACAGAAACUGCUACUGAGCAAAGAGACCUACAAAAAGAAAUAACAGUUCUGCAAACAACUAUUCAGGAACAAUUGCAAACAUUAGACCAAAAUACAGUUCAUGAGACUAAAGCUCAAACUACAUUUAUUAGCAGUGAUUCAAUAAAUAUUACUGAAAUCAUACCAAAUAUAUGUGGACAAGAUCUUGAAAGCGGUAAAGAAAAACCAAAGGUAUUUGCCAAGGUAGAUUUUGAUUCUGAUCAUAAAAUCGCAAUCACAUCUGAAGUUACUCCAAAAGAUACAUUAGGUCAUUUGGAUUCAGUUUCACGCGAUUACGAAGAAGCUCAAAUUUUGUCUAAUAAUUUGACCUCGCUUCAAGUGAGUGAGAGCAAUAUUUAUGAUAGUCAAGCCUAUUUAGAGAAAGAUGUUAAGCCUGAUCUGAAAUUCGUUCCACUAGAUAUAGUUCACUCCGAGGGCAUACUUAAUGUUACUGAAGUUGUGCACCACGAAAAAGAGUCUGAUUACAAUACUAUGUUAUCACCAGAAACAUUUAAGGCAGCACCAAAUGUAACUGUCAGACCUGUUGCAGUAUCGACAGAAAUAACAGCAGAUUCAAGCAUCGAAUAUACAAUUCAAGACGACGUCCGUGAAACUAAAAAGGCAAAUGUUGAAAAUAUAGCCCAUAAGGAGGUAAUCAUAAGUACCACUGAAUGUAAUGAAAAAGAAGAUAUUUUCAGAGCAUCGACAUUACCGUCUGUUGCAGAAGCACUUAUGUGUGUUAAUCCGAAUCAAGCUGUACAAAUUGAAGUAAAUCAAUCUGAAAUUUUACCAUCUUUACUAGAUCGGCUUGAUAAGACACCAUCAGUAAAAGCCGGUAGAACAACCACUACAUUAGAAGCUAUCACGCAGGAAGAAGUACUACUCCAUUUAUCAGAAGGUGUUUUAUCCGAAAAACAAACUGAUUUCACGAUUCAACCAAACGUGUCCGUUAAUGCACUGCAAGUUCCAGAAUACAAUGAAAAAGUAAUAAUAGAAACAGAAAAUAUAUUUGAUACGCCUUCUGUGCCAGACCAACAAAAAGCGGCACUAACAAUUAUUAGUAAACAAGGUAUAGAAACUUCAGAAAUUGUUUCUCAGUCAGACAAUCUUGAAAAGGUUGCUGACUUUGAUAUACAAUAUAAAAAAGCUUCACUAAAAAUUGAUGAUAAUUAUGGGAAAAUAGCAAAUACUGAAGAAACCAUCCCAAGUUUAUUGACUGAAGAUUUCAAACGAGAAAUAAUACCUCUUGAAAAGCCCGGAAUAUUGUCAAUCGGUAAAACUGCCAUAGAAAAGACUGAAAUUGUAGUAGGUGAAAGUGAAAAGAAUUUAUUGGAGAAAAAACCACUACCUUCUAAAAUCACCACUGAGUUCACGGAAACACAAGCAUACAUAACUAGUACCGUUGAGACAGUUGAUAAAGAAAAUGAGCUAGAAUUACAAACUUCAGUUGUAAAGCGUGACGCGUUGGUUGGUGUUGUACCACUAAAUACUACUAUUGACACAGAAGUCAUAACUGGCAAUAGUGUUGAUAAUUUAGAAGACAAAGUAAGGAAAACUUACCAGGCUUCUAUAAAACAAGAUGAAUUAGAAAAGUACGUACAAGGUAUGGAAAUAACACACGGAGAAAAAGAAUCAGAUUUCGUGGAUUUAAAAGAAGAUUUACAAGAAGCUACAAAGGCUAUAGUACAAGCUACUGCAAAAGAAGUAACGGAGAUUUACACCAAUGAAAAAGAAAAAGAUAUGCAAAAAAUAUUUACUUCAUCCAGUGUGCAUGCUCAGACUUCAGUUAAUGAACAACUAUCUCUAGUAAGUACAGAAGUUAUGUUUGUUCAAAAUGCAAAUGUUUUAGAUAUUCCGGACAGUUCACCUGUGAAAGCAUUAAGGAUCCAUGGAACUCAAGAAGCUAUUAAAAAAACAGAACCAUUUAUAGGAGAAGUUGAAGAUGAUUUCAUAAGUGAAAUGCCUAUACAUAAAACUGGAAAAGGUAGUAUUGAUGAACAAAAACCGUUGGACGUUACGGAAAUUAUUCCAACUGAAUCUGAAACAAAGCUAUCUGAUUAUACUAUACAAAGAGGAGAAACUACAAAACUCACAAUACAAAGUAAAAAUUACGUUGAUGUCUUGGAAAUUACUUCGUCAGAAAAAGAAGAUAAUUUACAGAUAAUGGAAAAUCUUGUAGAAACCAAAUCAAUAGAACCAGAGUUUAGCGUACACUCUAGCAUCAAAGUUAAUGAAACAGUUCCUAGUGAAGGUGGAAUUGUAUUUAUACUUCCAAGUGACCAUAAAACGCAACAAGCUGAUGUCACAUUACAACCAUCAGAUUACUUACGGGUAUCUGAAAAUAUUCCCGAAGAGAAUGAAUAUGAUUUGAAACAAGAUAUGUUACCCAAAAAGACUGUUAAUGAAUUUACUUUAGAUACAUUACAACAUUUAAAUGUCCAAAUACAUCAAACUACCGAAGCAGAAGUAGAACUGAGUAGAUCACAACCAACUAAGAGUGAAGUAAGUGAUUUUACAAUUGAACCGGUAAGCGCGCUUCAAAUCAGUGAAAUUCAAUCGGAAGAAAUUCAGGAAAUCCUGUUAAGCGACAAAGCCAAACUAAGCAAACCAGCAUUAAAUUUAGAGCCGGGUCAACAUAUAACGGUCACUGAAGUAGAAACGCAAGAAAAGGAGGUACCUUUGAAGCCAGAUGUUCCAAAAGAUGAAACAUUGUUGCCGAAACAAAUGACAUUCCAAGAGAUCGUUAAUUUACAACCUCAAACAAUAGAAAGCAUUUCUAAAUUAGAAACGUUAUACCAACCCGAAAGUAAUAAAAUCGAAUACGAGAUUGAAUUACACAAAAGUUAUCAUACAGCAGAAAACGUUAUUCAUGAAUCGCCAACAGAUAUCGAAAGCGAUAAAAAGGAGCAAAGAAUCGCAGACAAACGGAUAAUAGAAUUAAAACAUUUAGAGCAAAUAGAAAUUAUUACUGAUGAAAAAUCCGAAACACUUAAUUUAAUUAGUACUGAAAUUAAAGACAAGGCAGAGGCAAAACAUAUUUCAUUAACGGAAAUAACAAAUAUUCGACCAGAAAUAUUAGAAAACGUUAAAGAAAUCGUCAGUAUUUUAAAACCAGAUGAAAAGAUGACAAAACAAAUUACGGAACAAAUUUUAGAAAUUAAACCUAUUGAACAAACUGAAAUAUUUAUCGGAGAAAAUGUGGAAACAAUAAAAUCUUUACCCCAACAAGAAAAGAGCAUAGAUGCUAAGCCUGUAGCAGUCUAUCCGAUAAGUCAAAGUAGCAUUUUGGUACAUGAAAGUGAAACAAUUAUAUCUUCGGAAAAACCCACGCAAGCUGAAAAUGCAAAUGUAUGCUUUAAUACGAAUCAAAGUGUCAUAAUAGAAGAAGCCAUUCAUGACGACUCUGAAUUUAGUUUUGUAACAGACAAAGAAAUGCCAAAAACAGCUGAAAAAACUAUUACCCCGUUAGCACAUGUACAAUGUACUGAAAACAUUUUAGGUUCUCAGCUCACGGAGCUUAUUACUCCAACAAUACAAACAGAAACGACAACAGCGACACCUACAGCUAUAAUUCCACUCGUCAUCACUGACAAAGAAUAUAUUCAACAUGAAACUGAACUAUUAGUACAAAAACCAAAACAUCAAAAAAUUAAAGAAGGUUUAAAAGUUUCCAGUGAAAUAGAAGUAACAUCGGAGUUUGUAACUGAGGAAGCGCAAUCCUACAUUCCCAAAUCGCCAAAAUUAGUGAAGAGCGCAGUUGCAUCAACUGAUGCAGAACAUCAUGAAAUAAUUAUUUCAGAACAAGAAACUCAUAUUGACGAAAAAUCAGAAAUAGCUUCAAUAUCAUCCAAAUCAUCAGACGUUGAAGAAACUGAAGAAAUAAUUACGAAGUUCACAAAAUCGCCAGGUACAUCUGAACCAAAGCAAAUAAAGACUAAAAGAACUAUUAUAAGAAAGAAAAAGAAGACCGCGAACAAGGACUUGAUUGAAGGAGAUGUAGUUAUAGAAGAAACUUUAGAUGAUGACGAACCCAAGGAAAUAACAGAACAAAAACAUGAAGUAAAUAUUGAAGAGUAUGAUGGGGAUGAACCACAUCCAAUGGAAGACUCAGAAAAAAGUAAAAUAGAAAUGCCUGAUGAAUAUCUCAACAUCCCAAAACUGACAAGUCAAGUACAGAUUGAAGAAGUAGUAGAAGACGAUCUCUCUCAAAAACAAAGCACUAAAUCAGUAAAACGAAAAUUAAAACAGAAAACAACAUUCACAGAUAAACAAUAUGAAGAAGCGAUUGUCGAAAAAGAGAAACCAUUACUUAAAACCGUUUUGGACAAAGAAAAACCUGUUCCUAGAGAGCAGAAGCAAGAAGAAAUUAUUGAGUUACCGGAGGAGACAACAGUAGAAGAAAUAAAAAGCAAAGAAGGUAAGCCAAAACAAAGAAAGAUCACCAAACGAAUUAUCAAAAAAAGGGUGGGUACUAAACUUGAAACUACACAAAUAACUACAGAACAAGACGAUGACGAAACACCUGUUAUUUCUGUACACAAAACAGAGGAACUCGUUGACGACACUACUAUACCUCACGAAGAUUUACACAAACCCGAGAAAACUAAACCAAUCGAAGAGGCUCCUGAGAAGGUUGAAAUAACUCAAGUACGCACAGAAACUGGUGACAUUAAGACAAUUAAGACUACAAAACGUGUGAUCAAGAAGAAGAGAGGCCCUAAGGAAGAGGUCACUGAAAUAACCACUAUAGAAAAAGAUGAUGAGGCACCAAUCACCACCGUCACUGUAAAAGAAGAGUCUGCUCCAGAAGAAAUAAAGCCUGUUGAAAUUGUUGAACUUCCUGAAGAAACUACCGUUGAGGAAACGGAAACUCCGGAGGGUAAGCCAAAACAACGAAAGGUCACGAAACGAAUCAUCAAGAAGAGGGUAGGACCUAAACUCGAAACAACACAAAUCAUCACUGAACAAGAUGAUGACGAACAACCUAUAAUUUCCAUACAUAAAACAGAGGAACUUAUUGAUGACACUAGCACACCACUCGCCGAGUUACACAAACCUGAAAAAGCUAAACCAAUCGAAGAAGCUCCCGAGAAGGUUGAAGUAACACAAGUACGCACAGAAACUGGUAGCGUUCAGACCAUUAAGACUACAAAACGUGUGAUCAAAAAGAAGAAGGGCCCUAAGAAAGAGGUCACUGAAAUUACCACCAUAGAAAAGGACGAUGAGGCGCCAGUCACUACGGUCUCCGUCAAAGAAGAGUCUACUCCGGAAGAAGCCAAACCUGUAGAAGUUGUUGAACUUCCUGAAGAAACUACCGUUGAGGAAACGGAAACUCCAGAAGGUAAGCCAAAACAACGAAAGGUAACGAAACGUAUCAUCAAAAAACGGGUAGGUCCUAAACUCGAAACCACACAAAUCACCACUGAACAAGACGAUGACGAACAACCUGUCAUUUCCGUACAUAAAACAGAAGAACUCAUUGAUGACACUACCACACCACUAGCUGACUUACACGAACCCGAGAAAGCCAAACCGGUUGAAGAAGCUCCCGAGAAGGUUGAAGUAACACAAGUACGCACAGAAACUGGUGACGUAAAGACAAUUAAGACUACAAAACGUGUAAUCAAGAAGAAAAGAGGCCCUAAAGAAGAGGUCACUGAAAUAACAACCAUAGAAAAAGACGAUGAGGCGCCGGUCACGACCGUCACUGUGAAAGAAGAGAGUGCUCCGGAAGAAAUCAGACCUGUAGAAAUUGUUGAACUUCCUGAGGAAACUACUGUUGAAGAAACGAAAACUCCAGAAGGUAAGCCAAAACAACGAAAGGUCACGAAACGUAUCAUCAAAAAGAGGGUAGGCCCUAAACUCGAAACCACACUAAUCACCACUGAACAAGAUGACGACGAACAACCUAUCAUUUCCGUACACAAAACAGAGGAAAUCAUUGAGGACACUACGACACCACUCGCAGAUUUACACGAACCCGAAGAAGCUAAACCGGUUGAGGAAGCUCCCGAGAAGGUUGAAGUAACACAAGUACGCACAGAAACUGGUGACGUCAAGACAAUUAAGACUACAAAACGUGUGUUCAAGAAGAAGAGAGGAAAUAAGGAAGAGGUCACUGAAAUUACCACCAUAGAAAAGGACGAAGAGGAACCAGUCACUACGGUCUCCGUCAAAGAAGAGUCUGCUCCGGAAGAAGCCAAACCUGUAGUAGUUGUUGAACUUCCUGAAGAAACUACCGUUAAGGAAACGGAAACUCCGGAAGGUAAACCAAAACAACGAAAGGUAACGAAACGUAUCAUUAGAAAACGGGUAGGUCCUAAACUCGAAACCACACAAAUAACCACUGAACAAGACGAUGACGAACAACCUAUCAUUUCCGUACAUAAAACAGAAGAACUCAUUGAUGACACUACCACACCACUAGCUGACUUACACGAACCCGAGAAAGCCAAACCGGUUGAAGAAGCUCCCGAAAAGGUUGAAGUAACACAAGUACGCACAGAAACUGGUGACGUAAAGACAAUUAAGACUACAAAACGUGUAAUCAAGAAGAAAAGAGGCCCUAAGGAAGAGGUCACUGAAAUAACAACCAUAGAAAAGGACGAUGAGGCGCCGGUCACAACCGUCACUGUGAAAGAAGAGAGUGCUCCGGAAGAAAUCAGACCUGUAGAAAUUGUUGAACUUCCUGAGGAAACUACUGUUGAAGAAACGAAAACUCCAGAAGGUAAGCCAAAACAACGAAAGGUCACGAAACGUAUUAUCAAAAAGAGGGUGGGUCCUAAGCUCGAAACUACACAAAUCACUACUGAACAAGAUGAUGACGAACAACCUAUAAUUUCCGUACAUAAAACAGAGGAACUUAUUGAUGACACUACCACACCACUCGCCGAGUUACACAAACCUGAAAAAGCCAAACCAAUAGAAGAAGCUCCCGAGAAGGUUGAAGUAACACAAGAACGCACAGAAACUGGUGACGUCAAGACAGUUAAGACUACAAAACGUGUGAUCAAGAAGAAGAGAGGCCCUAAGGAAGAAGUCACUGAAAUUACUACUAUAGAAAAGGACGACGAGGAACCAGUCACUACCGUCACCGUCAAAGAAGAGUCUGCUCCGGAAGAAGCCAAACCUGUAGAAAUUGUUGAACUUCCUGAAGAAACUACCGUUGAGGAAACGGAAACUCCUGAAGGUAAGCCAAAACACACCAAAGUCACAAAACGCAUCAUCAAAAAGAGAGUAGGCCCUAAACUCGAAACCACACAAAUCACCACUGAACAAGUUGAUGACGAACAACCUAUAAUUUCUGUACAUAAAACAGAGGAACUUAUUGAUGACACUACCACACCACUCGCUGACUUACACGAACCGGAGAAAGCCAAACCGGUUGACGAAGCUCCCGAGAAGGUUGAAGUAACACAAGUACGCACAGAAACUGGGGACAUCAAGAUAAUUAAAACCACAAAACGAGUGAUCAAGAAGAAGAGAGGUCCUAAGGAAGAGGUCACUGAAAUUACCACCAUAGAAAAGGACGAUGAGGAACCAGUCACUACUGUCACUGUGAAAGAAGAGUCUGCUCCGGAAGAAAUCAUACCUAUAGAAAUUGUUGAACUUCCUGAGGAAACUACCGUAGAGGAAACGAAAACUCCAGAAGGUAAGCCAAAACAACGAAAGGUCACAAAACGCAUUAUCAAAAAGAGAGUAGGCCCUAAACUCGAAACUACACAAAUCACCACUGAACAAACAGAUGCCGAACAACCAAUUAUUUCCGUACACAAAACGGAAGAACUUAUUGAUGACAGUAUUACACCUCUCGAAGAUUUACACAAACCCGAGAAAGCCAAACCGGUUGAAGAAGCUCCCGAGAAGGUUGAAGUAACACAAGUACGCACAGAAACUGGGGACAUUAAGACAAUUAAAACCACAAAACGAGUUAUCAAGAAGAAGAGAGGUCCUAAGGAAGAGGUCACUGAAAUAACUACUAUAGAAAAGGACGAUGAGGAACCAGUCACUACUGUCACUGUGAAAGAAGAGUCUGCUCCGGAAGAAAUCAUACCUAUAGAAAUUGUUGAACUUCCUGAGGAAACUACCGUAGAGGAAACGAAAACUCCAGAAGGUAAGCCAAAACAACGAAAGGUCACAAAACGCAUUAUCAAAAAGAGAGUAGGCCCUAAACUCGAAACCACGCAAAUCACCACUGAACAAACAGAUGAUGACCAACCUAUCAUUUCCGUACACAAAACAGAGGAACUCAUUGACGACACCACCACACCACUCGAAGAUUUACACAAACCCGAAGAAGCUAAACCAAUCGAAGAAGCUCCUGAGAAGGUUGAAGUAAUACAAGUACGAACAGAAACUGGUGACGUCAAAACAAUUAAGACUACAAAACGUGUGAUCAAGAAGAAAAGAGGACCUAAGGAAGAGGUCACUGAAAUUACCACCAUAGAAAAGGACGAUGAGACACCAGUCACUACCGUCACUGUGAAAGAAGAGAGUGCUCCGGAAGAUACCAAACCUGUCGAAAUCGUUGAACUUCCUGAAGAAACUACCGUUGAGGAAACAGAAUCUCCUGAAGGUAAGCCAAAACACACCAAAGUCACAAAACGCAUCAUCAAAAAGAGAGUAGGCCCUAAACUCGAAACCACACAAAUCAUCACUGAACAAACAGAUGACGAACAACCCAUCAUUUCCGUACACAAAACAGAGGAACUCAUUGAUGACACUACUACACCACUCGAAGAUUUACACAAACCCGAAGAAGCCAAAGCAAUCGAAGAAGCUCCCGAGAAGGUUGAAGUAACACAAGUACGCACAGAAACUGGGGACAUCAAGACAAUUAAAACCAUAAAACGAGUGAUCAAGAAGAAGAGAGGUCCUAAGGAAGAGGUCACUGAAAUAACUACUAUAGAAAAGGACGAUGAGGAACCAGUCACUACUGUCACUGUGAAAGAAGAGUCUGCUCCGGAAGAAAUCAUACCUAUAGAAAUUGUUGAACUUCCUGAGGAAACUACCGUAGAGGAAACGAAAACUCCAGAAGGUAAGCCAAAACAACGAAAGGUCACAAAACGCAUUAUCAAAAAGAGAGUAGGCCCUAAACUCGAAACUACACAUAUCACCACUGAACAAGCAGAUGACGAACAACCUAUCAUUUCCGUACAUAAAACAGAGGAACUUAUUGAUGACACUACCACACCACUCGCAGAGUUACACAAACCCGAAAAAGCUAAAUCAAUUGAAGAAGCUCCCGAGAAGGUUGAAGUAAUACAAGUACGAACAGAAACUGGUGACGUCAAAACAAUUAAGACUACAAAACGUGUGAUCAAGAAGAAGAGAGGACCUAAGGAAGAGGUCACUGAAAUUACCACCAUAGAAAAGGACGAUGAGGCACCAGUCACUACCGUCACUGUGAAAGAAGAGAGAGCUCCGGAAGAAACCAAACUUGUAGAAAUUUUUGAACUUCCUGAAGAAACUACCGUAGAGGAAUCGAAAACUCCAGAAGGUAAGCCAAAACAACGAAAGGUCACAAAACGCAUUAUCAAAAAGAGAGAAGGUCCUAAACUCGAAACCACACAAAUCACAACUGAACAAACAGAUGACGAACAACCUAUCAUUUCCGUACAUAAAACAGAGGAACUUAUUGAUGACACUACCACACCACUCGCAGAGUUAUACAAACCUGAAAAAGCUAAACCAAUAGAGGAAGCUCCCGAGAAGGUUGAAGUAAUACAAGUACGAACAGAAACUGGCGACGUCAAGACAAUUAAGACUACAAAACGUGUGAUCAAGAAGAAGAGAGGACCUAAGGAAGAGGUCACUGAAAUUACCACCAUAGAAAAGGACGAUGAGGCACCAGUCACUACUGUCACUGUAAAAGAAGAGAGUGCUCCGGAAGAUACCAAACCUGUCGAAAUUGUUGAACUUCCUGAAGAAACUACCGUUGAGGAAACAGAAACUCCUGAAGAUUUACACAAACCGGAAAAAGCUAAACCAACUGAGGAAGCUCCCGAGAAGGUUGAAGUAACACAAGUACGCACUGAAACUGGUGAUGUCAAGACAAUUAAGACUACAAAACGUGUGAUUAAGAAGAAGAGAGGCCCUAAGGAAGAGGUCACUGAAAUUACCACCAUAGAAAAGGACGGUGAGGAACCUGUCACAACGGUCACCGUGAAAGAAGAGUCUGCUCCGGAAGAAACCAAACCUGUAGAAAUUAUUGAACUUCCUGAAGAAACUACCGUAGAGGAAACGGAGACUCCUGAAGAGGAACUGAUUGACGACACCACCACACCACUCGAAGAUUUACACAAACCCGAAGAAGCUAAACCGGUUGAGGAAGCUCCCGAGAAGGUUGAAAUUACACAAGUACGCACAGAAACUGGUGACGUCAAGACAGUUAAGACUACAAAACGUGUGAUCAAGAAAAAGAGAGGCACUAAGGCAGAGGUCACUGAAAUUACCACCAUAGAAAAGGACGGUGAGGAACCUGUCACAACGGUCACCGUGAAAGAAGAGUCUGCUCCGGAAGAAACCAAACCUGUAGAAAUUGUUGAACUUCCUGAAGAAACUACCGUAGAGGAAACAGAAACUCCUGAAGGUAAGCCAAAACACACCACAGUCAAAAAACGCAUCAUCAAAAAGAGAGUAGGCCCUAAACUCGAAACCACACAAAUCACUACUGAACAAACAGAUGACGAACAACCUAUCAUUUCCGUACACAAAACAGAGGAACUUAUUGACGACACCACCACACCACUUGCAGAUUUACACAAACCCGAAGAAGCUAAACCGGUUGAGGAAGCUCCCGAGAAGGUUGAAAUAACACAAGUACGCACAGAAACUGGUGACGUCAAGACAAUUAAAACUACAAAACGUGUGAUCAAGAAGAAGAGAGGUCCUAAGGCAGAGGUCACUGAAAUUACCACCAUAGAAAAGGACGAUGAGGAACCUGUCACAACGGUCACGGUGAAAGAAGAGUCUAGUCCGGAAGAAACCAAACCUGUAGAAAUUGUUGAACUUCCUGAAGAAACUACCGUAGAGGAAACAGAAACUCCUGAAGGUAAGCCAAUACAACGAAAGGUUACAAAACGUAUCAUCAAGAAGCGGGUAGGUCCUAAACUCGAAACCACACAAAUCACCACUGAACAAACAGAUGACGAACAACCUAUCAUUUCCGUACACAAAACAGAGGAACUCAUUGACGACACCACCACACCACUCGAAGAUUUACACAAACCCGAAGAAGCUAAACCGGUUGAGGAAGCUCCCGAGAAGGUUGAAGUUACACAAGUACGAACAGAAACUGGUGACGUCAAGACAAUUAAGACUACAAAACGUGUGAUCAAGAAAAAGAGAGGCCCUAAGGAAGAGGUCACUGAAAUUACCACCAUAGAAAAGGACGAUGAAGGACCAGUCACUACCGUCACUGUGAAAGAAGAAAGUGCUCCGGAAGACGCUAAAACUGUAGAAAUCGUUGAACUUCCUGAAGAAACUACCGUUGAGGAAACAGAAACUCCUGAAGGUAAGCCAAAACAAAGAAAGGUUACAAAACGUAUCAUCAAGAAGCGGGUAGGCCCUAAACUCGAAACCACACAAAUCACUACUGAACAAACAGAUGACGAACAACCUAUCAUUUCCGUACACAAAACAGAGGAACUCAUUGACGACACCACCACACCACUCGAAGAUUUACACAAACCCGAAGAAGCUAAACCGGUUGAGGAAGCUCCCGAGAAGGUUGAAGUUACACAAGUACGAACAGAAACUGGUGACGUCAAGACAAUUAAGACUACAAAACGUGUGAUCAAGAAGAAGAGAGGCCCUAAGGAAGAGGUCACUGAAAUUACCACCAUAGAAAAGGACGAUGAGGAACCUGUCACAACGGUCACCGUGAAAGAAGAAAGUGCUCCGGAAGAAACCAAACCUGUAGGCCCUAAACUCGAAACCACACAAAUCACUACUGAACAAACAGAUGACGAACAACCUAUCAUUUCCGUACACAAAACAGAGGAACUCAUUGACGACACCACCACACCACUCGAAGAUUUACACAAACCCGAAGAAGCUAAACCGGUUGAGGAAGCUCCCGAGAAGGUUGAAGUAACACAAGUACGCACUGAAACUGGUGACGUCAAGACAAUUAAGACUACAAAACGUGUGAUUAAGAAGAAGAGAGGCCCUAAGGAAGAGGUCACUGAAAUUACCACCAUAGAAAAGGACGAUGAGGAACCUGUCACAACGGUCACCGUGAAAGAAGAGUCUGCUCCGGAAGAAACCAAACCUGUAGAAAUUGUUGAACUUCCUGAAGAAACUACCGUAGAGGAAACGGAGACUCCUGAAGGUAAGCCAAAACACACCACAGUCAAAAAACGCAUCAUCAAAAAGAGAGUAGGCCCUAAACUCGAAACCACACAAAUCACUACUGAACAAACAGAUGACGAACAACCUAUCAUUUCCGUACACAAAACAGAGGAACUCAUUGAUGACACCACCACACCACUCGAAGAUUUACACAAACCCGAAGAAGCUAAACCGGUUGAGGAAGCUCCCGAGAAGGUUGAAGUAACACAAGUACGCACUGAAACUGGUGAUGUCAAGACAAUUAAGACUACAAAACGUGUGAUUAAGAAGAAGAGAGGCCCUAAGGAAGAGGUCACUGAAAUUACCACCAUAGAAAAGGACGAUGAGGAACCUGUCACAACGGUCACCGUGAAAGAAGAGUCUGCUCCGGAAGAAACCAAACCUGUAGAAAUUGUUGAACUUCCUGAAGAAACUACCGUAGAGGAAACGAAGACUCCUGAAGGUAAGUCAAAACACACAAAAGUCACAAAACGCAUCAUUAAAAAGAGAGUAGGCCCUAAACUCGAAACCACACAAAUCACCACUGAACAAAUAGAUGACGAACAACCUAUCAUUUCCGUACACAAAACAGAGGAACUCAUUGACGACACCACCACACCACUCGAAGAUUUACACAAACCUGAAGAAGCUAAAUCGGUUGAGGAAGCUCCCGAGAAGGUUGAAGUAACACAAGUACGAACAGAAACUGGUGACGUCAAGACAAUUAAAACUACAAAACGUGUGAUCAAGAAGAAGAGAGGUCCUAAGGCAGAGGUCACUGAAAUUACCACCAUUGAAAAGGACGGUGAGGAACCUGUCACAACGGUCACCGUGAAAGAAGAGUCUGCUCCGGAAGAAACCAAACCUGUAGAAAUUGUUGAACUUCCUGAAGAAACUACCGUAGAGGAAACGGAGACUCCUGAAGGUAAGCCAAAACACACCACAGUCAAAAAACGCAUCAAAAAGAGAGUAGGCCCUAAACUCGAAACCACACAAAUCACCACUGAACAAACAGAUGACGAACAACCUAUCAUUUCCGUACACAAAACAGAGGAACUCAUUGAUGACACCACCACACCACUCGAAGAUUUACACAAACCCGAAGAAGCUAAACCGGUUGAGGAAGCUCCCGAGAAGGUUGAAGUAACACAAGUACGCACUGAAACUGGUGACGUCAAGACAAUUAAGACUACAAAACGUGUGAUUAAGAAGAAGAGAGGCCCUAAGGAAGAGGUCACUGAAAUUACCACCAUAGAAAAGGACGAUGAGGAACCUGUCACAACGGUCACCGUGAAAGAAGAGUCUGCUCCGGAAGAAACCAAACCUGUAGAAAUUGUUGAACUUCCUGAAGAAACUACCGUAGAGGAAACGAAGACUCCUGAAGGUAAGUCAAAACACACCAAAGUCACAAAACGCAUCAUUAAAAAGAGAGUAGGCCCUAAACUCGAAACCACACAAAUCACCACUGAACAAAUAGAUGACGAACAACCUAUCAUUUCCGUACACAAAACAGAGGAACUCAUUGACGACACCACCACACCACUCGAAGAUUUACACAAACCCGAAGAAGCUAAACCGGUUGAGGAAGCUCCCGAGAAGGUUGAAGUAACACAAGUACGCACUGAAACUGGUGACGUCAAGACAAUUAAGACUACAAAACGUGUGAUUAAGAAGAAGAGAGGCCCUAAGGAAGAGGUCACUGAAAUUACCACCAUAGAAAAGGACGAUGAGGAACCUGUCACAACGGUCACCGUGAAAGAAGAGUCUGCUCCGGAAGAAACCAAACCUUCUGCUCCGGAAGAAACCAAACCUGUAGAAAUUGUUGAACUUCCUGAAGAAACUACCGUAGAGGAAACGAAGACUCCUGAAGGCAAGCCAAAACACACCAAAGUCACAAAACGCAUCAUAAAAAAGAGAGUAGGCCCUAAACUCGAAACCACACAAAUCACCACUGAACAAAUAGAUGACGAACAACCUAUCAUUUCCGUACACAAAACAGAGGAACUCAUUGACGACACCACCACACCACUCGAAGAUUUACACAAACCCGAAGAAGCUAAACCGGUUGAGGAAGCUCCCGAGAAGGUUGAAGUAACACAAGUACACACAGAAACUGGUGACGUCAAGACAAUUAAAACUACAAAACGUGUGAUCAAGAAGAAGAGAGGUCCUAAGGCAGAGGUCACUGAAAUUACCACCAUUGAAAAGGACGGUGAGGAACCUGUCACAACGGUCACCGUGAAAGAAGAGUCUGCUCCGGAAGAAACCGAACCUGUAGAAAUUGUUGAACUUCCUGAAGAAACUACCGUAGACGAAAACGAGACUCCUGAAGGUAAGCCAAAACACACCACAGUCAAAAAACGCAUCAUCAAAAAGAGAAGAGUUGGUCCUAAACUCGAAACCACACAAAUCACCACUGAACAAACAGAUGACGAACAACCUAUCAUUUCAAUACACAAAACAGAGGAACUCAUUGACGACACUACCACACCACUCGAAGAUUUACACAAACCCGAAGAAGCUAAAACGGUUGAGGAAGCUCCCGAGAAGGUUGAAGUAACACAAGUACGCACUGAAACUGGUGAUGUCAAGACAAUUAAGACUACAAAACGUGUGAUUAAGAAGAAGAGAGGCCCUAAGGAAGAGAUCACUGAAAUUACCACCAUAGAAAAGGACGAUGAGGCCCCAGUCACAACGGUUACCGUGAAAGAAGAGUCUGCCCCGGAAGAAACCAAACCUGUAGAAAUCGUUGAACUUCCUGAAGAAACUACCGUAGAGGAAACGGAAACUCCUGAAGGUAAGCUAAAACAAACCACAGUCACAAAACGCAUCAUCAAAAAGAGAGUAGGCCCUAAACUCGAAACCACACACAUCACCACUGAACAAACAGAUGACGAACAACCUAUCAUUUCCGUACACAAAACAGAGGAACUCAUUGACGACACUACCACACCACUCACAGACUUACACAAACCCGACAAAGCCAAACCGGUUGAGGAAGCCCCUGAAAAGGUUGAAGUAACCCAAGUGCGCACACAAACAGGCGAUGUGAAAACCGUCAAGACAACGAAACGCGUGAUCAAGAACAAGAAGGGUCCAAAAGAGGAGGUUACAGAAAUUACCACCAUAGAAAAGGACGAUGAGGAACCUGUCACAACGGUCACUGUGAAAGAAGAGAGUGCUCCGGAAGAUAGCAAACCUGUAGAAAUCGUUGAACUUCCUGAAGAAACUACCGUAGAGGAAACGGAAACUCCUGAAGGUAAGCUAAAACAAACCACAGUCACAAAACGUGUAAUCAAAAGAGAACUUACACAAACCCGACAAAGCCAAACCGGCGAUGUGAAAACCGUCAAGACAACGAAACGCGUGAUCAAGAACAAGAAGGGUCCUAAAGAGGAGGUUACAGAAAUUACCACCAUAGAAAAGGACGAUGAGGAACCUGUCACAACGGUCACUGUGAAAGAAGAGAGUGCUCCGGAAGAUAGCAAACCUGUAGAAAUCGUUGAACUUCCUGAAGAAACUACCGUAGAGGAAACGGAAACUCCUGAAGGUAAGCUAAAACAAACCACAGUCACAAAACGCAUCAUCAAAAAGAGAGUAGGCCCUAAACUCGAAACCACACACAUCACCACUGAACAAACAGAUGACGAACAACCUAUCAUUUCUGUACACAAAACAGAGGAACUCAUUGAUGACACUACCACACCACUCACAGACUUACACAAACCCGACAAAGCCAAACCGGUUGAGGAAGCCCCUGAAAAGGUUGAAGUAACCCAAGUGCGCACACAAACAGGCGAUGUGAAAACCGUCAAGACAACGAAACGCGUGAUCAAGAACAAGAAGGGUCCUAAAGAGAAGGUUACAGAAAUUACCACCAUAGAAAAGGACGAUGAGGAACCUGUCACAACGGUCACUGUGAAAGAAGAGAGUGCUCCGGAAGAUAGCAAACCUGUAGAAAUCGUUGAACUUCCUGAAGAAACUACCGUAGACGAAAACGAGACUCCUGAAGGUAAGCCAAAACACACCACAGUCAAAAAACGCAUCAUCAAAAAGAGAGUAGGCCCUAAACUCGAAACCACACACAUCACCACUGAACAAACAGAUGACGAACAACCUAUCAUUUCUGUACACAAAACAGAGGAACUCAUUGAUGACACUACCACACCACUCACAGACUUACACAAACCCGACAAAGCCAAACCGGUUGAGGAAGCCCCUGAAAAGGUUGAAGUAACCCAAGUGCGCACACAAACAGGCGAUGUGAAAACCGUCAAGACAACGAAACGCGUGAUCAAGAACAAGAAGGGUCCAAAAGAGGAGGUUACAGAAAUUACCACCAUAGAAAAGGACGAUGAGGAACCUGUCACAACGAAAUCGUUGAACUUCCUGGAAGAAACUACCGUAGAGGAAACGGAAACUCCUGAAGGUAAGCUAAAACAAACCACAGUCACAAAACGUGUAAUCAAAAAGAGAGUAGGUCCUAAACUCGAAACCACACACAUCACCACUGAACAAACACAUGACGAACAACCUAUCAUUUCCGUACACAAAACAGAGGAACUCAUUGACGACACUACCACACCACUCACAGACUUACACAAACCCGACAAAGCCAAACCGGUUGAGGAAGCUCCUGAAAAGGUUGAAGUAACCCAAGUGCGCACACAAACAGGCGAUGUGAAAACCGUCAAGACAACGAAACGCGUGAUCAAGAACAAGAAGGGUCCAAAAGAGGAGGUUACAGAAAUUACCACCAUAGAAAAGGACGAUGAGGAACCUGUCACAACGGUCACUGUGAAAGAAGAGAGUGCUCCGGAAGAUAGCAAACCUGUAGAAAUCGUUGAACUUCCUGAAGAAACUACCGUAGAGGAAACGGAAACUCCUGAAGGUAAGCUAAAACAAACCACAGUCACAAAACGUGUAAUCAAAAAGAGAGUAGGUCCUAAACUCGAAACCACACACAUCACCACUGAACAAACACAUGACGAACAACCUAUCAUUUCCGUACACAAAACAGAGGAACUCAUUGACGACACUACCACACCACUCACAGACUUACACAAACCCGACAAAGCCAAACCGGUUGAGGAAGCCCCUGAAAAGGUUGAAGUAACCCAAGUGCGCACACAAACAGGCGAUGUGAAAACCGUCAAGACAACGAAACGCGUGAUCAAGAACAAGAAGGGUCCAAAAGAGGAGGUUACAGAAAUUACCACCAUAGAAAAGGACGAUGAGGCACCAGUCACUACCGUCACUGUGAAAGAAGAGAGUGCUCCGGAAGAUACCAAACCUGUAGAAAUCGUUGAACUUCCUGAAGAAACUACCGUUGAGGAAACGGAAACUCCUGGACGUAAGCCAAAACACACCAAAGUCACAAAACGUGUUGUCAAAAAGAGAGUUGGCCCUAAACUCGAAACCACACAAAUCACCACUGAACAAACAGAUGACGAACAACCUAUCAUUUCCGUACACAAAACAGAGGAACUCAUGGAUGACACUACCACACCACUCCCUGACUUACACAAACCCGACAAAGCCAAACCGGUUGAGGAAGCCCCUGAAAAGGUUGAAGUAGCCCAAGUGCGCACACAAACAGGCGAUGUGAAAACCGUCAAGACAACGAAACGCGUGAUCAAGAACAAGAAGGGUCCAAAAGAGGAGGUUACAGAAAUUACCACCAUAGAAAAGGACGAUGAGGAACCUGUCACAACGGUCACUGUGAAAGAAGAGAGUGCUCCGGAAGAUAGCAAACCUGUAGAAAUUGUUGAACUUCCUGAAGAAACUACCGUAGAAGAAACGGAAACUCCUGAAGAUACUGUAGUGGAACCUAAAAAAGAUUUCAAGGAAGAAGAAAGAAGACCUAUGGUUGCAGAUAUUCCGCAUGAAGACGCGACCCCCAAGAAAACUGAUAAACGUAAAGCUAAACUCACCCCAAUAAAAAUAGAGAGGAAAGAACUUGACAUCGGUAAGCCUCAACACGCUGCAAGUAUCGAAGGUCCUCAAUUCAGUACACUAAAAUUAAAGAAAACAUUAGUUAAACCAAAAGAAGAAACUAAAGUUGUCAAGUUACCUAAAUUUCAGCUUAAGAGCCGUAUUAAAUACAUAAUUGAUUGGCCACCACCAAUUACCACCCCUGUGAUAAGCUUCUUAGGCAGUGUACGCCAAAAUGGUAUUUUAUCUAGAAAUGUCAAAGAGGCAGCCAAAAUUAAAAAGCGUGUGUAUAAAGCUCCUAUUUUACCUGAAAUUGAAAAAAUUGAAUUAGAAAAACCUCUCUUUGGCUAUGAAGAUAUUGUAGAUGCUAAAAAACAAACUGAAUCUGAAAAUCAAGACGACGAAUUAAAACCAGAAGACAACUUUGAAAAUGAAGAAAUUAAAGAAGAAGAGCCGGAACAAUUUACAAUCUCUCCAAGACGACCAAGUAUUAAAAAGACUGAUGAGAUCGUAGGGGAAGUAACCAUAAAAAAGAAAUUAAAACCCGUGAGAAAAUCGUCUGUUACUCUGCCUGAAGUUACGGAACCAGAAACAGUUACUUUCAGACCCAAAAGCGUUAAAACAAAAGAAGACGUUGAACAAGAGUUUAAUAUACACUUAGACUCUUACGCUGAAGAAGAAAUUUCGAUGACAAGCAAAGUUAAAUUAAAGCCACAGAGACAACCUACUUUUAGUGAAGAAGCCGACGAAACAUCUAUUAAAUUUUAUGAAGAUAACGAAAAUGAAGACACUGUUCCAGAAAUUAUCGAAGUUAUUGAAAGUGACGACGACAAAGAAGGAGAUGUCAAUGUGAGCAUGCCAUUGAAGAAACUUAAACAACCUUCUUUGGAAAAAAGUGAAGUGUUCGAUUCCAGCGUUACAGUGUCUAGACCAAAAUCAAAUGAAGAAAUUCUAGAAAUUGAUCAAACUAUCGAUUUAGUAUUACACAAAAAACCUAAAUAUAGAAUAGACGACGAGGAAGAAAUUACGUUUGAUUUAAAACCACAAGUUGAAGUAUUGUCCAAUGAAGACGUAUCUAGCAAAAUUACAAUAAAACAAAAACCAAAAGUUACCGUCGCCGAAGCCGCUACUGAAACCUCUAUUCAAUUAAUACAAGAAAUUGAAGAUGACAGACAAGCAGAAGAAAUAGUUUUGAGUGAAGCCGAAUCAGAACAAAAUGUAGAAAUGGUUAUCAAACGUAAACCCAAAAAACCUGUGUAUGAAGUUAGUGAAGUAGAAGAGCUGAGUGUUGAACUGAAACCAAAAAAAGUAAAAGACAUAGCGUUUGAAGAAGAACAACUUACUAUAUCUACAAAACGCAAACCAAAGAAACCUUCACAAAUCCAAGAAGCAGACGCUUCAAUGAGUAUAGCUAGAGAACAAGAAUUUCCAGAAAGUCCGCUUGAUGUACGUAGUGGAGACACGGUGUUUGCAGUUUAUUCAUACGUAGCUGAAACGGAUGAGGCAAUCAGUCUCGUGGAAGGCGAACGUCUAUACAUAUUAGAAACAACAAAUCAAGAUUGGUGGUUUGUUAGAAAACAUUUAACAGAGGAGAAAGGUUGGGUUCCUGCACAAUAUCUAAUGGAUGAAGCCAAUUAUACACUUUAUCUACAGAAAAAGCUGAAUGAGAAAAUUGACAAACUUCCUGUAUUUGAAAAACCUACUUCUGAAGAACAAGCCGUCGCGCCCAUAUUUACUGAAAAAUUACGGCCGAAACAUACUCCGGAUGGAUCCACUGUUCAAUUCGAAUGCCAAGUAGAAGGAUAUCCAAGGCCUCAAAUAACUUGGUUUAGACAAACAGCUAUUAUUAAGCCAUCCCAAGAUUUCCAAAUGUACUACGACGAUGAUAACGUAGCCACAUUAAUAAUUCGCGAAGUUUUUCCAGAAGAUGCAGGUACCUUUACAUGUGUUGCUAAGAAUGCCGCAGGAUUUGCAUCUAGCACGACGGAGCUAAUCGUCGAGGCUCCUUUAUCUGAUCAUGGUUCUGAAAUGACUAUUUUAUCAAGAAAAAGUUUGUCAAGAGAAUCUUCUUUGGCUGAUAUUUUGGAAGGUAUUCCACCUACAUUUUCCAAGCGGCCAAAGGCACAAUACGUAGAUGAGGGUUCACAAAUAUUUUUAGAGUGCAGAUUAGUAGCUAUUCCAGAACCGGAUAUAGCAUGGUUCUUUAAAGGAGAAGAAAUAAUGCCUGACGAAAAUAUUUCAAUAGCAACAGAAUCGGAUAUGCAUAUGUAUUGCAGUGUACUAAAAAUAUCCAAUGUAAAGAAAUUCCAGGAAGGCACAUAUACUGUUCUAGCUGUCAACAGGGAGGGCGAAGCUAGUUUGCCUAUAGUCCUAAAAAUUAAAACUGGGCAGAAAGAACAGCCUCAAGUCAUUGAGCCUUUAAAGAACAUUACAAUUAGAGAAGGCGAAAGUGUAGUUCUUUCGACUCAAGUUGUUGGAAAUCCUCAACCUACUGUGAAUUGGUAUAAAAAUAAUAAACCUGUAAAGUCACUAACAACUAAAUCAGAUGGCGACACCCAUACUGUAACAAUUAUAAAACCGAGAAAAGGAAAAGAUGAUGGCGUAUACACUCUUAAAGCUGUAAAUUCAGAAGGUACUGCAGAAACAAGCGCAGUUAUUACAAUUGAAGAACCUACUGAAGAGAAUGCCGAACCUCCUCUAUUUAUAAAUAGAUUCCAAGAAAUAACAGUAAAAGAAAAAGGUACUAUAAAAUUAAUGGCCAAAGUCACCGGUAACCCUGUGCCGUCUAUAACAUGGUAUAGAAACAACAAAAUUAUCACUCCAUCCGAAACAGUAACACAACAUUUUGAUGGUGAAAAUAUUCAGUUGAUUAUAUCAAAUGUUGAUUCUGAAAUCGACUCUGGUGAUUACAAAUGCGUAGCCUCAAACACUGCUGGCAAAGCAUCACAUGGUGCUCGGGUAACUAUUGAUGUAGACAAAGUAACAUUUAUUAAACUUUUAAAUAAAUUCUAUGAAAUUGAAGAAGGAAAAACCAUUGUAUUAGAAUGUCAAACAUCUCAUACUGUCUCUACUAAAUGGUUCCAUAAUAAUAAAGAAAUCAGUGGUAUGGAUCAUAGAGAAAUCAUUCAAGAAGGUCGGGUACAUAAGUUAAGGAUUAAGAAGACUAAAUUAACCGAUGUCGGCGAUAUCAAAUGUGUGGUAAAAGAUCAAGAAACUAAUACACAAUUAAUUGUUCACGAAACGGUGCCUGAAUUUGUACGAAAAUUACAAGAUUUUGAAGUAAAAGAGCGAGACGUAGCUAUUUUAGAGGUUGAAGUAAACUCUGAAACAGCUGAUGUCUACUGGGAAAAAGACGGCGACAGAAUAAAGCCCAAAAAGAAUAAAUAUGAACUUGAAAAAAGAGGCAGUAUUCGUAAGCUGUAUAUAAGAAAUACAUCGGUACAUGAUGAAGGUGAAUACACUUGUAUAUUACGUGAUGAUGCUUGUACUGCAGAAGUGACAGUAGUUGAAUUGCCACCCGAAAUCAUUUCACGUCUUCAAGAUCAAAAGGUCAGCAAAGGAACCAAAGCAACAUUUGAAAUUGAGCUUACAAAGGGUGACGCUUUAGUACAAUGGUUCAAAAAUGGAUCUGAAAUUCAAUUCUCUAAUCAUAUUCAACUUACUAUUGAUGGUAAGAAGCAAAAACUUAAAAUCUAUGACUGUCAAUUAGAUGACGCAGGUGAGUAUGCCUGUGAAGUUGGAAACGAUAGGUGCACGGCUAAACUCACAGUCGAAGAACCGUCCAUAGAUUUUACACUUAGGCUUCCAGAAAUCGUUGUAGUACCAGCAAACGCUGAUGCGUACUUAACUGUAAAGAUUCCAGACGAAACUUUAGACGUUACGUGGUUUAAGAAAAAGACUGUGAUAGAAGAUACUGAGAAGUUUACACUAAUAUCUGAUGGUGUGAAACGCACUCUUAUAAUAAGAAAAUGCACAGAAGAGGAUCAAACAGAAUACAGUUGUCUGUUAUUAGAUGCCAAAUGCUCGACAAAACUGAAAGUAGAAGAAAUAGAAUAUCCUCCGAGAAUAAUUUCCUAUGACGACGAAUACAGAAUUAAAAGAGGUGGUGAUGUGACCUUGUUAGUUCAAUAUGAAGCCGUUCCACAACCAAACGACGAAUGGGUUGUCAAUUCCAAAAUAAUCAAAAAAUCAAAACACACAAAACCAUCAAUCGAUUCGAAAUCUGCAAGUCUUACAAUUAAAAAAGUUGAGCACACUGAUGCAGGAACUUAUAAAUUGAGACUUGAAAAUAAUUGUGGCGUAACAGAUAUUGAUAUUAAUUUAAUAGUACUAGAUAUUCCAUCGGCACCAGGCAAGCCGAACGUUUUAGAAACAGAUAAUAACUCAGCUAAUGUUUGUUGGGAUGAACCUACAAAUAAAGGAAACUCAGAAAUACUUUGCUAUAUAGUCGAGUAUCAAGAAAUAAAUACAGUGGAGUGGAUAUCUAUUGAAAACGUUAUAAAAAGCCAGACAACUAUUAAAAAUUUAAAAACCAAUUCGCUGUACCGAUUCCGUGUAUUUGCGGUGAAUGAAGUAGGCGUAAGUGAAUCAUCAGAGAUAACAGAUUAUGUUAAAAUUCAGAAAAUAACAGCACGACAGCCUCCUUCUGUUGAGAAACCGUUAAAGGAUGUAUUCGCCGCACCAGAUGAAGAUAUUGAAUUGACUUGUAUAUUCGGUGGAGUUCCACAACCUAAGGUAACUUGGUAUAAGGAUGGAAAGAAAUUGAAGACAGCCAAAGCGACUUAUGUAAACCGAGUGGCAACUCUCAUAGUCACCACUAUAGAAUCAGCAGAAGGUGAAUAUAAGUGUAUUGCCACUAAUGAGCUCGGUGAAGUUGAGACUUCGUGCAAGCUUGAAGUGCAAAUGAAACCUAUUAUACAAGUUGCUGAAGACGAAAUUAAUCAGAAACAUAAGGUCGGCGAACAAUGGUCAGUCACUGCUACGAUUAAAGGCAUACCCAAACCAAACAUCAUGUGGUUUAAAAAUACUAUGAAGCUUACAAAAUCCAAUGAAAUUAAUAUAACUAUUCAUGAAUAUAUUACAACAAUUGUAAUAUCCGAACUGAAACGCACACAUUCUGGAAAAUAUAUAAUUGAGGCUCAGAAUAAAGCAGGAGUGACUUCAUUCGAACUUUCACUCAAUGUUUUUGACAAACCGAGCAAACCUGAAGGUCCUGUGGUAAUGCGUGAAAUAAGUAAGGAAUCAGUGACUAUCGAGUGGAAACCACCUUUAGACGACGGCGGCAUAGAAUUAACAAAAUAUGCAAUUGAAAAACACGAGCCCGAAACAAAUCAAUGGGUGAAAGUUGCCGAUGUGGAUAAAGACAUAGAAUCGUACUGUAUUCAGAGGUUAAAUGAAAACUGCGAAUACAUGUUCCGCGUAAUAGCACAAAAUCCUGUUGGUUUCUCGGAGGCGCUCGAAAGUGAACCAAUAGUUAUUAAGACUGCUCUGGACGUUCCAUCUCCGCCGUUGGGACCUCUGGGUCUUUAUGGUAUUGACAAUGAAUCAGUGACAAUUACCUGGUAUCCAUCUGAGAAAAAUGGUGGUUCACCUAUUCUUGAUUAUAGUGUAGAAAUUAAACAAGAAGGCAAAAAAUGGAAGCAUGUUGCUACUGUCACUGAAACAACAGCUAAAAUAAAAAAAUUAACAAUGAAUACAACGUAUCAGUUCAGAAUAUGCGCAAGAAAUGAAAUUGGAACAAGCUUGCCUUACGUGUCUGAUGAAAAAAUAACAAUAGGAAAAUCAUUAUCACCCCCAUCGAGGCCGCUCAAUUUCUUACUGCGAGAAAUUACAUCAAGAUCCGUAACAUUGCAAUGGGCGGCACCAGAGAGCGACGGCGGAAGUGUUAUUACAAAUUAUAUAAUUGAGUACAAAACAGUUAAAGGAAAAUCUUGGACGAAAGCAAUCACCGUUGGAGGUACUGUUUAUGAGCACUGUAUUGAAAAUAUUAAAGAGAAAGAAGAAUUUAUAUUUAGAAUUUCUGCAGAGAAUGCCGUUGGUAUUAGUUUACCAACGGAGUCAAAGUCUGUAAAACUGGAGAAACAUGCAACUGUACCAUCACCACCUACGGCGCCACUAGAAAUUCGUAUGGUUGGCAACAACAUCGUAAUGACUUCAUGGGGCACACCUGAGUGGGACGGUGGAGCUCCACUUUUGGGUUACAAUAUUGCCAUUCGAGAUGUCACUAAAACAAUGUGGAUGGAAGUGGGAAAAGUUGAUGCGCAGACGCUUAAAUUCAACAUACGAGAUUUAAGUGAAAACCACACUUACAUGAUAAGAAUAUUCGCUCGCAAUGAAAUAGGACUCAGUGAACCUUUAGAAUCUGAUGAACCCUUCAAGGUUAUACCUAGUGAAGAUUCUCAUGCGGAUGAAGAGCCCGGUGAGCAAACCGAAGCAACAGAGCCGACAUCAUUCAGCACUCAGACUACUACAUCUUGGCUGCGCGAGCACAACAUGGACGCGGACAUACGUUCGUAUGCGCGGGGCUCGUUAUUGCGUCGCGACGAAUAUUUCUUCAGAAUAUGGCACUACGCUAAACAACUGUUCAAGUGAGGUAGCACGACCUCCGCAUGUAAUCUACCUGUGAUAUUUCUCGACAUGUUCAUAGUUGGCGGAUAGUAAUUUAUAGAGAUACGUUAGAUCGUGAAUACAUUCUCGAACAUUAUCAUUUUUUAAUUUUCUAAUAACGAUUUUGUAUCAGUACUAUUGUAUUUAUAUUUAAUAAGUUAUUAAGUAUUUAUAAUUAUUUAUAUAAUUAAAAGUUAAAUCAAUCUAUUCUAGGGGCUCAAGUCUUAUUCAACUAAGGGAGACGUAUUAAAUAUAGGUGCAAAAUAUUUAUUUAAUGUUGAAUAAGGCUUGAAUCCUAAUUACAAGAUUAUAAAAUUGAAGAAUCAUAAUUAAAAUAUAGCAAUAUUUAAAACUA